GCAAUAGUUGAACGUACUAGUUUAGUUAUUUAUACAUGGCAGACAGUUUAACACAAACAGCAAUUGGUAAGGCAUUAAUAUAUUUGGAUUUACAAUGGGCAGGAGGAUCAGGCAGCUAUCAUACAACACUCCUGCAGCUUUUAUUCUAGAUUUCUAAAUUUAAACAUGGCAUCAUUUGAUGAUAUCCUGGAUCACGUUGGACAAUUUGGUCUAUUUCAGAAGCAGAUAUUCUUGCUGAUGUGUAUGAUCUCUGCGGUUUUUAGCCCAAUCUAUGUGGGCAUCGUUUUUCUAGGAUUUGUGCCUUCACACAGGUGUUUCAAUCCUGACUUGGCGAACCUGAGCAGUAAAUGUGGAUGGAGUUUAGAAGAGGAACUUAAUUUCACAGUUCCUAUACUGGAUGGGAAUAUAGACUCCUCGCAUGCAAGUCAGUGUCUCCAGUACGAUAUGGACUGGAACAUGACAUCUUCAAGUUGUCUAAGUCCUGUCCAUAACAGUACUAUGUAUGGUCUUAAUAGGAUACCAGUUUCCAACUGUAAAGAUGGAUGGAUUUAUAACACUACUGGAGCAUCCAUUGUAACAGAGGUAUGUGUCCUUUUCUGUAUCAUAACUCAUUUGCUUGAAGUCUGUUGUCCCACUACUAGACAAUGCUCUUACAGACAUAAUGCCGGCAAAGCUUCAGAGGGGAGAUAUAGUCUACAACGUCUGGAGAGCUAAACGUUGCCUACCCUGCACUAGAAUCUAGUGAACAUCUUCACAGUCAUAGCAUUUUAAGUAUUUGAAUUUGAGAUGCAAAAUAUUUAGUGUCAUUUGCAGUAUUUCAUAAAACUGCAAUGAAUAUGCCUUCAUGAACUUUAUAAAAAAAAAAAGCCAAUCUUCAUCACGUUAUCAUCAAUACAAGGUUAAUCAUUAAACCAGGAUUUAUAAAGAAUUAAAAAUGUAGGGCAAAACAGAUCUUGGCAUAAUUGAGAUGUUUUGUUUUUUCCAGAUAUGACUAUUUUGGCCAAAAAUUAAAAUUUACUGGAUAACAGAAUAUAUAGAUUAUCAAGCACACAAGAAAAAAAAUUUAAACAGGAAUUUCUUAUGUAAAACAAUGUUUAUUGUGUUUAGAGAAUAUUAUAUUUUAAAUGAAAGUCUGUAAAGAAAAUAUAUAUAUAUUCAGGGUUAUUCACUGAAAUGUGAAUUGUACGGAAUCCUCCAGAAAAUGAUAAAUCUGCAGGGUUGUUUCCUGAACACAAAAUAUUACCAUUAAAAAAUGUACUUUUUGAAAAAUAUUUGCAAAAAAACAAAACAAAACACAAUUUGUAAAAAAAACAAAAACAGACGAACAAAAUAAAAAACGCAUCACAGCAAAAUAAUCCAUCUUUGCCCUGCAAGGGCUCUGUACAGAUGAACAAAAUAUAAAAUGUAAAACAAAGUAUUUUAUUUUCGUGCCGAAUGAGGCUUUAAAUUGGAAAAACCAUUGUAUAGGCUUUUGCGUGCUUUGUAUGCUAAUUGAACACUCUGGAAGCCAACCAAUCAGAGAACUCUAACAGGCAAGUCUCACUUCUCUCGAGACUUACUUUUGAAUAAUCUGAAUAGCUGCCCAGUUUUAAACAUUCAGUAGACUGUUGCAUAGCAGGUGGGAUCAUAGAUAGGUUUAAAACCUUUCAUAUAGUAAAUUUAUUUAUUAAAAAAUGUAAUGUGGCUAGCAACCACUGGCCACAUAAUUGUUGGUUUUUAGCUAUUUGCCCGCUGGCAGCCUGGAUUUAAAGCAUUCAUGUCCGGAUUUAGGUGGCGUUCUUUCUGUCCUUUAAUCCAGACCUAAUUCAGACUCAUUAAGGGCCUGAGUUGCAAAAUCCAAGUAUUGUUAAAUAGUGUGAAAAAUGUUGUGAUUUUGUAGUUCUUAUAGACUCUAUUCAAUAUGUAGCAAUUUUACCACAUGACAGGAGGCUUCAUAUUUUGCAUAUAACUCUCUUUACUAACUCCAUAUAGCAGUAAAGAAAAGUGAAAACAUUAACCAAUCAAAAUGCAAUAGGAAGCAUAGUAUUCACAGUGAUGAGGCUCCUCCCCCUCUUUCUUUACUGCUCCAUCAGCAGACAGGUCAGAGUUUCAGGCUCUUCCCUUUUUUAUAUACUGUAGUCUUAUAUUGUAUACUGUAUUCUUAUAUUAUAUGUUAUAUUUACUUUAUUCUGUAUUGUUUUUUCUCCUGGGGGACUUUCUCCCUCCUGUCCUGGGGGUCUUAUUCAGUCUUUGUUAUACCUCACUACAUGUUUCAUUUUACUGUAUCUCAGCUCCUCUGAUGGGCUUUCUGUGUUUCCCCCCCCCUUUUUUCUCCUCCGUUUUUUUUCCCCGUUUUCGCUGGUCUCCCAGCUGUUUUUCCUCUCAGGGUAACGCUCACCCUGCCCCCUAGUACUCCCUUGCGGCUCCCCAGCCGCAUUCUACAUCGCCGGCUCGCCGGGAAACCUCUUUUCCCGGCUCCCCGGCGGCCAUCUUGGAUCUCGCGUCUCGCGAGAUUCUCGGCCGCCAUUUUGGGAGUCCCGCGGGCUGCUUAGUACCGGCCGCCGACCGCAACCCGCUCAUCCGCAGACACCUCCCAGCCGUCUGGGGUGUACUGUAUGGUUCUAGACUUCUGUUUGCAAGAAGUACAGCUGGCAGGGGUCACUGACGUUUUUACUAUAAGGAUUCAGGGGCUGCUGGCCCUACUAAGUGGUGAGUCCACUAUUAUUAUUUAUUUACUAGGUGGAUUUUGUGCCACCCACAGUUCUAACAGGGUGAGGCCCUUAGUUCACUGCUGCCAUCAGGUGGAUUUUGUGCCACCUAUGUAUAUGUAUUUGGAAAGGGGCAUCCCAACCCCAUCUUAACACCAGAUUAAGUGGAUUUUGUGCCACCCACACUGUCAUAUACAUUUCUGGGUGAGGCCCAGCUAGAAAACCCAAUUUACCCUGCUGGGGUUUCUGGUACUUCUUGUACCUGUGCUACCACACACCCUGCUGGGGUGUUGUCAUUAUUAAUACUGAAUCCAUACUCCACCUGACCCCUAGCCCAUCUGCCCUGUGCCAACAACUCACUAUGGAAGCGUCCCAGACCUCUGCAGACUUCCAGUCACUGAUUGCGGACACCAUCUCCGCUUCUAUGGAGAAAGCGCUGUCCAAGAUUAUGUCGGCGUCUACCGACAAAUCUAAAAAAGCCACGCUGGCCCAACCUCAGGACGAAGACUCUGAGGCCUCUGAGUCACACAUACAGGCGGAUCCACGCCCCACCAAACGUCACUGGAAGGGUGAGAAAGCGGGCCAUACCCCUGGCAAGGGUAAGGCACCCUCCAAACGCCACAGACCAACCCCACCUACUCAUGCCCACUACUCAUCGGAUGAGGGGGACGAACACACGCGCUCUAUGGCCGUGUUAGACGAGUGGCAAGCCGCGGACUCUGAUUCGCACGAUGACGCUUGGGACUCGGACUCCGGCUCCCAUUCUGGCUUCUUACGAGGUACCUUCCUGGACGACAUCCAGUUGCCUGAUGACCUCGCGCCCGCUCAAGAAGGGGAUACCAUCCUAGACCCCACGGGGCAACGCCUCUUUGACCCUCGCAAUAUCCGCCAUCCACGCUCUGGAGACUGGACCCCCCCCGACCACCUCUCCAGGUUUAUGCACCGCUGGCUACGCAAACCACUUGAUAAAACGGUGCGCAACCGUCUACGCUCUGAAUGCCCGCGCCCCUCGCUCCCCGACCACGUAACACAGACCCCGGAGUUUGAUCAGGUGAUGAACACCUUUAUGUCCCGAGGUGGCCGCGACCCUCGGCGGGGCGUGGAGAAAGGAUUCCACGGGGUCCAGGAUAAACUGCUGGACUCAAUCGGCCCACUCUCCCGCAUAUUAUACCUGGCGGAUGAUGCGUUCACUAGGGCCGACCAAUUUGACUCUAGCAUGGUCAAAGAGUGGGCACAUGACAUUAGGGAAUGGGCACAACGGUGCUUCUGUUUUGUUGGUAAUACCAACGUAGCCCUCUCCUCUGAGAGGCGCAAGGCAGCUUUACUCCGUAUUGACGGAAAACUGGUGGAUUUGGGCACCAAAGAAUUGGGACCGUUGGCACAGGGCAAGUUGUUCGGAGAACCUUUCUUAAAAGAACUGAACAAGCAUGUUAAUAUCUUUACGUCCCUCAAUAAGGCUCAGACGUCUAUGAAACGAGUCUUCAGAGGCUACCCCAGCCGGGGUGUUUUUGGACGGGCUGGCCGCUACAGGGGCCGAGCAGCCAGCCGAUUCUGGCCUUCUGGCCCCCGGUCACACAGACCACAGCCAUUCUACCCGGAAGUGGGUUCCAGGCAACCAUUCUCCUAUACCCGAGGAGCAGACCGAGGCAGAGGACCUCGUAACCGUGGCAGAGCACGCUUCCCCACAGGUAAGCAACCUAGUGUCUCUAGUUUCAUUCACCCCUUACACUGCAGGUCGUAUUGCUCUGUCUUUUCAGAACUGGACGACCAUCUCCACGGACGCAUGGAUCCUCCAGACGGUUCGGGGCUACAUCAUCGACUUCGUAGAACCCCCUUACCAGCUCGCACACCCGCAUCCCUUUCAAUGCUCCGAGGAGGACCGCCGCCUAAUCGACGGCGAACUACGGGAGCUCAAGGCGAAAGGAGCGAUAGAACCAGCUCACGACGGAAUGGGUUUCUUCAGCAACAUUUUUCUAGUAAAAAAGAAAUCAGGAGAAUUCCGUCCGGUUAUAAACUUGAAGGGACUCAACGCUUUCGUAACGUACAGGCACUUCAAAAUGGAAGGCAUUCACCUGCUGAGAGAUCUACUCCAAGACAGGGACUGGUUUACGAGACUGGACCUCAAAGACGCUUACCUGUCGGUCCCCGUCCAUGGGUCUUGCCGCCAAUUUCUCAGAUUCCUUUGGCAAGACCAACCCUGGCAGUUCACAUGUCUCCCCUUCGGCCUCAGCUCAGCACCGUGGUGCUUCACCAAGCUCCUCAAGCCGGUAGUGUCACAACUACGAACUCAAGGAAUUCGUUGCAUUAUCUACCUGGACGACCUGCUACUAUUUUCCUCAGACAGGUACAGUCUAACACAACACACACGUUAUACCAUUCAGCUCCUGACGUCCUUAGGCUUCGUGGUGAACUACCAAAAAUCGGAGCUGCUCCCAGCCCAGAUGAUACAUUUCCUGGGCUUCGAGAUAGAUUCCAAGACCAGCACCUUACGGCUCCCGAUCUCAAAGAUCACAGCCAUCAAAAAGGAACUACGCAGAGUCAUCCGCUGCAACACCAUUCCACUCCGCAACCUGGCUCGAAUCGUGGGACUACUGUCCGCAUCUAUACAGGCAAUCUUCCCGGGCCCGCUACUCUACAGGGCGAUGCAACGCCUGAAGGCCUCCUUCCUCCGUCAGAACCCUUCCUACGACCAAAACAUUCCGGUAACGGAAGAAGUCAGGGAAGAACUCGGAUGGUGGUUGGACAGCAUGGAAGCUUGGAACGGCCGAGCCAUCUUCGGGAAUGCACCCGACGUUGUCCUGGAAUCGGACGCCAGCCUGUGGGGCUGGGGCGCCACAAGCGAGGGCAGAUCGACAGGAGGCACUUGGACUUCCCAAGAAUCCAACCUCCACAUAAACUGCCUAGAGCUCCUAGCGGGGUCGUUUGCGAUCCGCAGCCUAGCAAGAGACCGGACAGACUGCUGCAUCCUCCUCCGGAUGGACAACAUCUCAGCGGUCCGCUACAUCAACCGUCUGGGGGGAGCCCGAUCCAGACUCCUCUCAGAGAUCACGAAGGAAAUUUUCGACUUUUGUCUACCCCGGAAAAUCUCCCUCAUGGCAGAAUACCUCCCGGGAGACACGAACCUGACAGCGGACUGGUUUUCACGCCACUGGCGGGACAGCAGCGACUGGAAACUGGACCCAGCGAUCUUCCAACGCCUUUCGAUCAGAAGGGGUCCCCUCCACCUGGACCUCUUUGCGUCACGCAACAACAGGCAGACAGACGAGUACUUCAGCUGGCUCCCAGACCCAGAGAGCAAGGCAGUAGAUGCGUUUCUCCAACCUUGGCCACUGUUGGGGGCGUACGCCUUUCCCCCAUUCGCCAUGGUAGCCAGGACGAUGCAAUACCUGAAGACCCAACGCGGAUCCCUGCUCCUCAUCUCACCCCUAUGGCAGGGUCAACCAUGGUUUCCGGAUCUCCUAGCGUCAUCCUACAGAGAUCCCCUCCUCAUACCGUCCUAUCCGACGCUCCUUACGGACCCGAGAGGGAAUCAACACCCGCUCAUCCUGGAAGACCGUCUCACGCUGGUGGCUUGGACGCUUUCAGGGGAGCCUGGCAAACCGAAGAGUUAUCGCAAACAUCUCGAGAUCUCCUAUGGGACUCAUGGGCACCAGGAACCAGACGAUGUUACUUAUCAGCAUGGAACUCCUGGUCUACUUGGUGCAGUGAACGGAAUUUUGAUCCCUUUAUGGCACCUAUAACAGCCAUCAUGAACUUUCUCUCACAUCUCUUCUCCAAGGGCCGAUCUUACCGAUCCCUCAACGUAGUACGCUCCGCAAUUUCGGCGGCCCACGUUCCGGCCCAGGGGAUCCCCGUCGGAAAAGACCCAUUGGUAUGCCGCCUCCUCAGGGGCAUCAGACUUCAGAGGCCUCCGAGACCUAAAUACUCCCGACUAUGGGACGUCGAAAACGUCCUACAGUUCCUGAGGGACUGGCCAGACAACGACAGACUUUCACUCCGACAACUAUCAGCCAAACUGACGCUCCUACUUUGUUUGGUCUCGUUCCGCAGAGUUUCGGACGUACGAGCAUUCGACAUCGAUGCCUUUUCAGUCUCCCCGGAGGGAGUUACCUUUCAAGUUUCACGCCGUACGAAAUCCGACUCCACAUCGGUCUUCUACCCCUUUUUUUCCUACAGAACCGCUUCUCUGCGUGGUAUCUACCCUACAUCGAUACGUAGAGGUUACAACCCGCUUGCGGGUCUCCCCUACGGGCCAACUCUUGGUGUCCUACGUUAGGCCCCACGUUCCCGUCUCUACCACCACCCUGGCCAGAUGGGUAAGAUGGAUCCUGUCCCUGGCAGGCGUAGAGGAAACCUUCGGAGCCCACUCCGUCCGCGGGGCGGCAGCUUCUUCGGCUUUCACCGCAGGCGCAUCCCUGGCAGACAUCCUACGAGCUGCAGAUUGGUCACGAGAAUCGACCUUUCGGACCUUCUACUUCCGACCGAAUGCGGGGGCAGCCACGUCUCUCCUGCUUCAGCGUUAAAAAUGCAAAAUAUGAAGCCUCCUGUCAUGUGGUAAAAUUGAAAAUUAUGCUAGCGCUAGUGUACUUAUAAUCUUAAUUUUAGUAAUGACAGGAAGCGAGUAUUUUCCCACCCUCCACACCCUUGGGGGAUAAGGAUCCAAGUAAGUAUACUUACUCCGUGUAUUCCUUACUUCUUCUAUCUUCCUACUCAUCUUGUAUGACUCAGGCUUGUACUUUGUUUAGUUAGAUCAUUGUUAUCGUUUACUGUCAUAUUUAUACUAAUUUUCAUCUAGUUUUACAUCAGUGCAGUGGAAAUUGUGUUGGGUUUAUUACAUUACUGCAAACAGUUGCCUGAUCGGUACCUAACCUUCUCCACGUUCUUUUUCAGCAUAACUUUGGGACAUUACAUCUCAUACUCAGGAUGGACACGUUUGGACCGUCCUUCAGCGAUUAGGACUUCGCAUUCGGAAAGUCACCCGUUGGUGCAUGUUUCAAGACUUUAUCCGUUUUUUCUAUAUUUGUCUUUGAUGUCGCUUUCGAAAGAGGGGGAGGAGCCUCAUCACUGUGAAUACCAUACCUCUUACUGCAUUUGAUUGGUUAAUGUUUUCACUUUUCUUUACUGCUAUAUGGAGUUAGUAAAGAGAGUUAUAUGCAAAAUACUCGCCUCCUGUCAUUACUAAAAUUAAGAUUAUAAGUACACUAGCGCUAGCAUAAUCUUCAAUUCGAUUUAAUGAAUAACCCUUGCAAAGGCCAGAAUAAGUGAGCUGGUGUGAAUUAUGGUAAAUUGAAAACAAAUAGCAAAUCUCAGUUUGAAAUGGGCAAGUUGUUAGAAUUUUCCCAGACAUCUUUUUUGAGCACAUUGACAUACUGAAAGAGACAGCCUCUUUCUGGACGAAGAUAGAUUACAUUGUUUUACAUUUUUUAUUUUGUUUGUCUGUUUAUUCAGCACUCUGUAAAAAUUAUUAAUCCAUUCUUGACCAUGGUUGGACUUUUUUGAAACAAAAAAACUAUGACAUCAUGCCUCCCAACAUUUCACAUUGGCAAAAGGGAACAAUUUAAUUUUGGGGGUGCAAGUGAGGGUGUGGUUAGGGAUAGGACUGUUUUGAGGAAAUUUAGAUGAUGUACUAAUUAUGUAACUAAAUGUGAUUUAGAACAAAAACAAUGUAUAUUAUAUACACAGCAUUUUCUAAACACAUUUAUUGUAGUUUGAAAACACAUUACUGUGCGUAUCAUUGCUGUGGGAGCUCUGUCACACACUCAGGCACACUAACAAUAUGGAGUUUCUAGAAAAGAGAUGCAUUGGGAUAAAAAAGAGUGGCAAAGGGAUGUGGGUCCUAAUAGGGACUGUCUCUUCUAAAGUGGGACACUUGGGAGGUAUGUGACACUUGACAUGACAUCUGUCAUGAAGGAUUAAUUAUGUCACCACAUAAAAAGCCCUCUGCUUGCAUUUACCCACAGCCAGUGGCACAAUAAGCAGGGUGUUCCUAUCACUCUAUGAAAGAAAGCAGCUCUUGGCAAGCAGGGACAGCAUGCCAAGAGAUGCUUUCCCACUCUGGGUAGAGGAAAAUGAAGCUCCUCUACUGCGGUCUAUGAGGCCAUUCUACAGAAAAAUAAGAAGCACCAGAAGGGGAGAUGGGGUAAGAGACACACAGAGCAGAAGGAGACAUUACAUGGGAAGUAAGAGACACAAGAAUGGGAUGUAGGAGACACAUGUGGGAGUAUAGAAACACAACAUGGAGGGUAAGAGCCACACAAAAGGAGCUAGGAGAUACAGUAAGGGGUUUUGACACAUAGGAGGCAUAAGAGAUAUGUAACAGAGCUCCCCGUACUCCGACCGAGUACCCUCCGUUGAUGGACGCUUCCUAGCUUGCACCGAGGACCACAAGCACCGCACCAGACACCACAGACUCCGCAACCGCUGUAGCUUGACUGAAGUGUCGCCGUCUUCCUUCCACCCUGGAUCAGCUUCUGGCCUCCAGGACCGUGUGGGAAAGACCUCUUCCUUCCAUCCUGUUUAAACCUCCAGCAUCCAGGACUGCGUGGGGAAGACCUCUCCUCCAAGGAGAGCGUGUCAGGAACAAGCUCUUAAAAGAGCUAAGUGAUUCAAGCUCAGGGGAGUUUACAGAGCAAUGCAAACCCCAGUGUGAUUAUAACAACUCCCUCCAAUAACGAGACAUGGCUAUAUUUAGAGGGAUCAAAAAGAACUUUCUAAACCUUUAUUUUACUUGGGACUAGCCCAUAUGGUCAUUACAAUAACAAUGCUGUGAAAACUCAAUACAAUUACAAACAGCCAAAUCAUAGCAGGCAACAUACAGUGACUUAUUAUAACACAAUGGCAUAUUUUUAAAGGGGUGGGGGAGACAAUAUUUAACAGAAAAUAUCUCACGUGCCUGCAGAAUUAGCAAUAUGCAAAUCUACCCAAUUAUGCAAAUGAACCAGUCUUGCUAUUCAGGUAGUGCAUAUUGCUGUUGCUACCAACAGAGGGCACUAGACAAGCUCCAUAGCCAAAUCCACCUAGUUGGUAGCAAAUCUCAGCAGUACAGGAAAGCAGGCAAUACAUUUCACAGUACACACAUACACUAUAAACAAUUACAUUACACACACCCUGCACCUAUAAUGGGUACAGGGUGACUAAAACAUAAGAGAAAUAAAUCAACCUACAUAAAUAGUCUGUCUGAAGGUAGAACACGGGCUUUAAAGCCAAAUACAUCAAAGAGUCAUAGUCACAGGGAAGGAGGCUGGCAAACAGGCCUCUCCAGGACCAAGUGGCGAAGGGCCCUUCGUCACAAGAUACAAAAAAGGGGGUAGGAGACACAACAGGGGAGUAAGACAUGCAAAGAGGCAUAAGGCACAAUGGGGCAUAAAGACUGGGUUGGGGGUGUAAGGCACAAUAAUGUGGUAAGAGACACAAAGGGAAAGAGACAAAAGGGGGGGUAUACCAGACACGUUUGAGAGUUUAAGAUAUGAUGGGGCAUAAUAGACACAAGAAAGGGGAUAGGAGACAUUUGAGUGUGGUUGGAGACACACAUGGGGGGUAAGAGAUGGAAGGGGGCAUAAAAGACACAACAAGGCAGCAGUUUCAUCCUGGGUGCCAAGUACCUUAGUACCCCUCUGCUCACAGAUAAUAUAAUUUCAGCAGUAGUAUACUUGGGAUAAUUCCAGAGACAAUACAACAUAUUUUAAAGUGAAAGUAAUAUCCUUUAAUGGCUCAUCAUAUGGUCACAUUUGGGUUUUUUUUGGUUUGUUUUAAACAUGUUAAUACCGCAUCUCUAUAAAGUUGUGGGAAGUUGGUUAAGGUGGUUGGUCAACUAAUGUGGCACUUUUUUUAUUUAAUGGUAUUAUAUUUACCAUUACAAGAAAUUAUAUCUCUGUGUCAUUGAUUAAAGCUAGUUUUCCCAUAUACCUUUAGUUUAACCUUGUAUGUGCUGAUUCAUGGAAGCUGGAUCUCUUUCAAUCGUGUGUGAACCUUGGAUUUUUCCUUGGAUCAUUGUUCAUUGGAUACUUUGCUGACAGGUGAGUACUGACAUGUAAAAACUGUAUUUUUGCCACCCACUUUAAAAGUACAACAAAGAGAGCUAAGUAGUGGACCUGUCAUGUUGAAAAUACUCAUGUAUUUCAGUAUUAAAGCUGCCUUGUCACUUUCAGGGGCGCUUUCUUUGAUAAUGACAUCAUCGAUUGAGGUGUAGUGGCCCACAGGUGCAGCAGAGGUAAGUUAUACAUACCUGAAACUCCCCCUGCAGGCGCCACCAUCUUCGCUCUUCGGUUCCUGUGUUUUUUUAUUUUUAAAGACAAAACUGUUUUUUUAACCACUUAGUUGUUCUCUUUUUGCAGGGAGUGGGUAUAAUUCAUCACUCCAUGUUGGUCCAGCUUUGGCUCCAUUAGAAGCAUGUUUUCAGAUAUUUUUAAAGGACCACUAUAGGCACCCAGACCACUUCAGCUUAAUGAGGUGGUCUGGGUGCCAGGUCCAGCUAGGGUUAACCCAUUUUCUUAUAAACAUAGCAGUUUCAGAGAAACUGCUAUGUUUAUAAAUGGGUUAAUCCAGCCUCCAAAUCCUCUAGUGGCUGUCUCAUUGACAGCCGCUAGAGGCGCUUGCGUGAUUCUCACUGUGAAAAUCACAGUGAGAACACGCAAGCGUCCAUAGGAAAGCAUUGUAAAUGCUUUCCUAUGAGACCGGCUGAAUGCGCGCGCAGCUCAUGCGCAUUCAGCCGAAUGGGAGGAGAAGAGGAGGAUCGGAGGAGGAGAGCUCCCCGUCCAGCGCUGGAAAAAGGUAAGUUUUAACCCCUUUCCUCUCCCCAGAGCCGGGCGGGAGGGGGACCCUGAGGGUGUGAUCGGGCUAAUCCUGCCUGUCAAGCAUUGUAUGCUUCUCACUGGAAAUUAAGCUAAUGUAAAGUCAAAGGGCUCAUAGACUAAGGAGGUCAAACAUAGUAUCUACGGUGGUCCAGUGGUCUGCACCUCCAGCAAGUUCAGACUAAAGUAACUGCUCUUCCGACAAUGCUCAAUGAAUGACUUAGAGCAGUGGUUCCCAAACUAGUCUUCAAGGCACCCCUACCAGUCGAGGAUUUAGGAAUUACCCAGUUGUGCCUAAUGUGUUUUUUUUCUUUUCUAAAUACACCUUAGACACAACUGGGUAAUCCCUAAAUCCUGGUAGGUGUGCCUUGAGGACGGGUUUGGGAACCACUAACAGAGUAUUUUCAUGGAAUCCUGAUGGUAGUGCCCUAACUCAUUUACUGAAUGCCUUGAUGGUAGGGCCCGGUCGCAAUCAGGAUUGUUGCGAGACUGGUAGCUCCGCUUGUGGUCUGCAGUAUGGAAAUCAUCUAGGCCACAUGUGUUCAAUGUAAUUAAAAAAGUGUAAGAGGCAAGUUUACAGAAUACUCUAAGUCAUUAUCAGGGCAGCAGUACUCUUUGGAUAUGGGAAUUAUAUAUGAUGUUCAAAAAUCUUCAAGGUCCUAUAAUAUACCAUAAUUAGAUCAGGUAACUACGAAUAAUGCAUUCGAGUUAGCAGAGCCCUGUCACAUCCUGUUCCUAGCUGCGGAUCAUUCUGGCAAUGGCUUCUGGUAUCCAGUACUCUUUUUACAAUUCUUGUUUAGUUUUUCUUGGUUUUCUGGUUUUCUAUUCUAUGUCUGGUUUUCUUUAUUGCUGGGAUUUCUGAGUUCAUUCUUAUAUUCCGUCCCUGGAUUUCCCAGUCUCUUGGAUUCAUUUGUAUGUUUGUUUUAUAUUGCCAAACCCGUUUGUUUUCCAUUUUCCUUUCGUUUCAGUCUGGACCUGCAGCAGUGUUUCAAGUCUCUGCCCUUUCUUGCAGGUAAGUGCUAUAUAUGUCUUCUUUGGUUGUUUUAGUGAACAUUAGGCAGUGUAGGACCUGCCAGAUAUGGGGUACACUGGCGUUGUGGCAGGCUUUUGCAAUGUAUGAUCAUAUAAUGUAACUAAACCUUCAUACUUUUCAUAUAUAGUGCUUAGUUAUGUCUCCUCUUGUUUUACCUCGUAUCUCUUGUCUUGUUUUAUUUUGUAUUCCCAGUUCAUGUACAGUCCUGUCCUGCCCUGUUCUUGUUUUCCUCAUGCCUUGUGUACAUGUUCUGGGUUCUGCUGUCUGUCCUGCUCUGGUUCUGGGUUCUCCUAGCUUUCUCUUUUUUUUGAAGUAUGUAAAACCAAACCGACUCCACAAAGUAAAUUACUGUCACGGUAGUAUACCCCAACACGCAAGAAUAGUCCAACCAGAGACAAGAAAACAAUAUACGUCUUACCGGGCCUUAGAAUGGCCGGACUUUGACGUGGACAGGAAAAGACAGAUUCAAGAACGAGCAGAGGUCAAGGGAACAGAGAGACAGCGUAAACAAGAACUAGCCAAGGUCUGGUACACAGAAGUCAGGAACCCGGCGAACAAGACAAAGCAGGGAUAAAGAGAAAAACGGAGUUAGGUACAAAGCCAAGGUCAAGCACGAAAAAAAACACUACUACACGAAGCAGGCACUAAAGGGAACUGAAUCAGAAACCAAGAUAGGGCAGGGAGUUAAGGGAAAGGUGAGUAUAAAUACCUAUUAGUUUAAUUUGAUUGGCCCUUGUCAUAUCCACACCCCCAAAAUGUGAGUGUAUGGGGAAUGUGAAAUGACAUGGGCCAAUGGGAGACCUUUUUUAUUUUUUGCUCCCACUGCAUUGCAUAAGCCUGCCAACCACGCCAAUGUACUCCGUAUCUGGCAGGUCCUACACUGCCUAAUGUAUGCUAAAACAACCAUACUAAACCACAAUAUAGCACUUACCUGCAAGAAAGGGCAGAGACUUGAAACACCGCUGCAGGUCCAGACUGAAACAAAAGGAAAAUGGAAAACAAACGGGUGUGGCAUUAUAAAACAAACAUUUAAAUGAAUCCAAGAGACAGGGAAAUCCAGGGACGGAAUAUAAGAAUGAACCCAGAAACCCAGCAUAAAGAAAACCAGACAUAGAAUAGAAAACCAGAAAACCAAGAAAAACUAAACAAGAAUUGUAAAAAGAGUACUGGAUACCAGAAGCCAUUUCCAGAAUGAUCCGCAGCUAGGAACAGGGUGUGCCAAGCCCUAGGUAUAUGUUGCUAUAAUUAUUAAGAAGUGCACUCAGUAAGGAUGUUCCUGGGUUUGAGAUUGAGCUGCAAUUGGAAUGAUGUGAAAUACUGCAUGUCUCAAUAGCGCCUGCUGUGAAGGACAAAGCCUCCAACUGCAUACCCAAGGACCUCUGGAAUGUAGGUGUCUCCAAAGUAAAAUUCAGCUAAAACUUUUUUGUUGGUUGUAUUGAGUGCCGGGAAAAAUAAUAAAACUUUUCUUGCAGAUUUGGCCGUAAACCCUGCCUAUUAAUAUCUCUUUUUAUCACUGCUGUCUUUGGAGUUCUGGUGGCAUUUGCUCCAACAUACCCCCUGGUUGUUACAUUUCGUUUUAUUCAAGGAUUAGUAAGCAAGGGGAGCUGGCUGUCUGGUUACAUUCUUGGUAAGCUAAUUAAAUAAUAAAACAAUUUAUAAAUGUAACGUGUGAAAGUCUUAUGUCAUUAUGCAUAACUGCUAGGUCAGCACUUCGAUCAAUGAAGGUCCAUCUUUGACCAUCAUAUGGUCACAACGGACCAACUCCUGCUUUCCCUGUACACUUUAUUCGAUGAACGGGUGUUGGUGAUGUGAUCCUAAUGUGAACUCAGUGUGUUCCUUUUUCCUUUGUGGUACAAUAAAGUUGCAGCCCUAACUCUUCCUCUGCUGAGUGCGGAGCAGUGAAGCGCUAAACACCUGUAUAGUGUAAUUCUCCGUUAUUGUGUGCACUUGCCCUGUUAUCCUACCCUCUGAAUGCAUUAUGGGCCCAAAAGGAAAGCUGGAAACCAAUGGAGUAGGCAGAUAUUUCCAUGGAGAUAAGAAGAGCUACACGUUAUAGGAAACAAUGUUUUUAGGACACAUGCUGUUGCCGCAUCUGCUUAAAUGAGCCGAAUGAUGCUGGUGAUGUAAGAAUGAGGUAGUUUAUGAUGAGCUAGUUCAUUUUUUUAGACAAUAAAAGUCUGGCUUUAAUAAUGAGACAGGCAACUGAUGAUGGAAGGAAAGACCUUGAAUGUUAAUAAAUUACCAUGCAGGCAAAAGAAAGCCCUGUAUAGUCAAUUUAUAUAUCGAAUUAACGCCCCUUCAGAAAUGCUCAAAUGAGAGAGUAAUGGGCUUAGUUAUAAGAGUAGAGCCAGCCCUUACCACAUUGAGAAAUGCAUGAGAAACACCAAGUGAGGGAUUGCUUAUUGCAAUGAUCCUAAAGGAUCUGCCCAAAUCAUUUAAGCCAUAUUACGUUAAGCAAAGCAAUGGAAAUUUCUCUUCUAGUUACCUAGAGUUUAAGGAGCAAUUGAGACAUUUUGAAGAUAUUGAAAAUUAUUGAGUGCAAAUGAUGCCAGAGUGUUAAAAGUGAGCAAUGUGACUUCAAGAUUCAGAAUGAAAGAUGAUUUUAACAUCACUGGUUAUAACUGCGGACAAAGAAGGCACAAAGUCAGAGCGUGCUCCGGUAAUCAAAAUGGCGGACAGUCAUUGUGGUGUAACUACUUCACGCAAUGCAUAGAGAUGCAGAUUGUAGAUGUCAAAAAAGAGAUAAUAUUAAAGAAGCAGCAUAUAACAAUGAUAACAGACAACACAAGAGAUGGCCAACUUAAUGUGCUAAUAUCAAAACUAAUGGUCGACACAGGGCCAAAAUCUCACAUAAUUAAGAACAUCAAAAAAUUUGAAAGCUUUGAUAACACCUUUAGGCAAGAGAAACACUUCAUGGAGAUGAGGUAAAGGAAGCAAGUGUGGCACUGUAGAACGAUGAUGCUGAAAUGUACCUACUUGACAUUAAGGGAAAUAGAGUCUAGCAACCUUAACAAAUAACCCUCAAGACAUUUUGUCUGCAGAAGCAGCAGUAAGCAAUGGUGCAUGAGUUAGCUUUAGACCAGGCAGAAUUGAACUCAUUUGCAAAAAUGGCAUUUUAAUUCAUAAUUCAGAAAUACAAUAGGCUUUACUAUCUUAAUACUUUUGCUGAAAGUAAAAAUAGCUGCCAUGCAUAAUAUUCAGACUUGGCAUGAAAUUCAAGGCCACUGAAAUUGUAAUAACAUAGCAAAGUUAAAAAGUGUCGUGAAAGGAAUGAAGAUUAAGGGCAAAGUAAAUAAUUACAUUUUUUAACUGUGAAAUGUGCACUCAAGAAAAUUUGUUCAAUGUAGAAGCAGAGAUCUUGAUACCCGUCAUCCACUUGGACAUUGUGUGACACAGCAGCGUCUACUGGUUGAACACUUGACCCACAAUCAUCCACAGAGACAAUAUGUGUCACAGCACCAUACAAAGUUUGAAUGUUCCAAGUCCCCAAUAUAUUUAGUAAAUAUUUCGCAUUCGAUGGUAAUGCAGACAGAAUGUGAUUUGUAUUGUCCAAGUUCCAUAACUUCCCCUCCUUUGCAAAGCUAUAUAUUAUAGUGUUAUGUGGUUGUCUGUAUUAUUCCCCAUAUUUUGCUUUAUGUAUUAUAGUGAAUGUGUCACCAUAACUCUAAAUGUCAAAAAGAAAAAAAGUGUUUAAGGCGCUUCAAUUAAUAUUUAUAAGUAACAAACUGAUAUAGAAAAGUGCUUCCCCAACACUCCAACAAAAGACAUUCAAACAUAAAAUACAUAUACCAGUUAUAACAUGCCCCCUUUAGUGCAUCAGUGGAAAAAUUGGCAUACAAACUGUGACAGAUUCAUCUGCAGUGUUGGUUCGUCUGUUUCCCUUUGUUCGCGGAAUUGCCUGUUCAUAUACCCCCGUUCGUGUAUUUGCAAAAUGCCGAUUGAAACUACCGAACGAACGACCACCCAGGAGAGGAGUGUGCUGCUGGUUAACCUCUUGGCCCCAAUUAGAACGUUGUGGUUAACCGCAGACACCUCUCCAUUCCAUUCGUACGGGUGGUCGUCGUUCGCAUGUCGACCACGAGGCAGCGGCCAUUUUGGGACAUACGAACACAGAGCGGUGUUCGGUACAAACUGUAUGGAACUAAAAACGGACACUUAAACUACCGAACACCGCUGAAAAGCUGCUGCCUACCUUCCUUUUCGACAAGGCAUGCGAACGUCGGUCGUUCGGGAGUUUUAUUCAUUCGUAUGGACUUUUACCCCGACAGCCAUCCCAUGGAGUCAUUCGUAUACCGAAGGACUGGUGAAAGACUUUGACUCCAUGGCGAUUCGACUAGAUACAUCGGAUCUGAGCGCUAUUCGGUGAAAACAUGCCCUCAGAUCCAGGCUGUCUGGGGAUACGUUACACGAACCAUAUGCAUUCGGUAUUUCUGUAGUUAUGUAUUUUAAUGUCUUUUUGUUACUGUAAUUUAAGAUGGCGAUGGUCUCUACCUUGGGAGAUAAUUAGGUUUCUUCCCCAAUUAUCUCCAAGGUAAAGAAGACGGAAUUAUGGGCAAGAUGGGAAGGGCUAUUAUUGAAGCCACUGCGAUUGGCUACUGUCCAAUAUGUGUUACAGUCUUCCACAAGGUCCCCUCGGGGAGUGUCCACCUUGUGGAGACCUGCAUAAAUACCGGGCAGGUAGCCCCCAUUAAACAGAUCUUCAUUUGACCCUCAAGACGGAGCUUGGUCUCGUUUGUGGGGGGAAUUAUUAUUGGGACAGCGCUUUCGUUAUUUCUAGCUGUGGAAGGCGUUCGACUGUUUGGCUGAUCGGGAGUUGCCGUGUUCGCGGACUUCGUUCGGGAGUUUGGGCGAUCGGCUGGAUUUAAACUGCAUUUCUGGAAAAGGGGAUUAUUGCCUAAACGGCGGCUUCAUCUACCCGACGGUACGUGUCGUAACAAUUGGUGGCAAGCGACGGGAUGAAUCCUACAGCCCAGAAGGCCAGCUACACAUCCCAGGUUGGAAAUGCAGUAUGAGGAGUUAAGGCGUGCUACCCUUAAAGAUAUAUUGGAGCGCAGAGGACGAUCAGCGAGUAAUCUCAAGAAAAGAGAGAUUAUUUCUAUACUAUUGGAAAUGGAUGCAGCACAGGGAGCGGGGGGAGCGAAUGUGCCUGGCAUACUGGAGUUAACACCCGAGGAGAUACAGUUUAACCGGGCAGUUCAGAUCAGGCUGGCACAUUUUGGCCCCAACCCCGCAGCAGAUAUUGUGGUGCAAGUGCAAGCAGCAGUAGCAGCACAACAGGCGCUUCAAGGAAGAGGCGCUGCAGCAGCUGAGGUACCUUAUAAUAAUAAUAAUGGAAGGAGAAAAGUACCUUUUGCUGCAUUUCGGAACUUUGUAGAAGCCGAAGGAGAAAUCGAUGGGUUCCUGGCGGAUUUUGAAAGGCAAUGUGCCUUACACCAGGUACCCGCAGGAGAAUGGGUCCCCAUCCUCUCUGGGAAGUUAUCCGGCCGGGCCAGUGAGGCGUUUCGGGCCAUCCCAGAGGAGGAACUUACCAGCUACAGGGCAGUGAAAGAUGCCCUUUUGGCCAGAUAUGCUGUGACCCCGGAGGCAUACCGGCGGCGAUUCCGGGACACUAACAAGCAGGCUGGUGAUUCUUAUGUUGAGUGGGCAUGCCGAGUGCACCGCACCGCAGCCCACUGGAUGGCAGGGUGCCAAGCGGUAACUGGGGAAGAGGUGCUGCAAGUGUUUUUGUUGGAGCACUGUUUUGACCGCUUACCUGUAGGAGUCAGAGAGUGGGUUAGGGACCGCAAACCCGCUACCUUACCCGAAGCUGCUCGUCUGGCUGAUGAGUACACUGACGCCAGGAAACUGGACCAGACAGCAGCCAAGGUCCCUACCCGAGUGGAGUACAAACCAGCAGCUCCUUCAACCUCUGCCGUGUAUCAACACCCAGCACAACGCACCCCCACCAUGCCAACAGCGAACAAUUACAUUCAGCCAGCCCGGUUCAACGCCCGGGAUUACUCACAGCCGAUCCGUUGCUAUGGGUGUAAGCAGUUGGGGCACAAGCGACCCGAGUGCCCAUUAAACAAUUCAAGCCAAGCCCAGUCGUGGAGAAGACCAGCCGGCGGAAAUCAGCAGCCACCUCCACCUUCCGCUCACUGUCUUGAGCAGGAGGAAUUUUGGGGUAUACUACAUGAGGCGGAUCCAGUACAAGCAGCGCAGCAGGAUAACCGUCAACAGCACAGACAGACCGUUAAACUGAAUGGCAAAGCAGUAAUUGGUCUGAGAGACACCGGAGCCACUAUGACUUUGCUCCAAAAGAACCUUGUUUCCGAACACCAGCACACUGGAGAUACUGUGGCAGUGAGGGUGGCGGGAGGUGCAGUGUUCCGUUUACCGGUUGCCCGGGUUCACCUGGAUUGGGGGGUGGGCUCUGGACAUGUGAAUGUGGGGGUCAUGAAAGACUUACUGGCCGAUGUUUUGCUUGGGAAUGACUUGGCCCCUUUGGUGUCCGCUUAUGCUCCAAUGGGACCUGCCGCUAUCAACCCAGUGACUACCCGUGCCCAGACCCGUGCUGCUGGAACCAGCCCACCUGCUGCUGAGACCCAGGUAAGGACCGAGUCCCCGACUGGUACCAUAGCACAGACCUUUGUUAACUGGGAUUCCCCAGUGGAGUUUGGGAGGGAAACUCAGACAGAUUCGACCCUCCAGAAGUAUAGGGACAGAGCAGAUACUGGAGAGGAAGGAUUAGAUGGGGAACGGUAUGAGUGGGUGGGGGACAGGUUGUAUAGGAUCCCCAAGCUUUCCCCGAAGAGUGUUGCCCCUCCGCCGAAUCGACAGCUGGUAGUGCCCGCGAAAUACCGGCAGGAGAUUCUGCGGAUAGGGCAUGAUGUUCCGUUAGCUGGACAUCUAGGUUCCCGCCGCACAGCUUAUAGGAUCAUGCAGAACUUUUUUUGGCCAAACUUCAAUCAGGCUGUGCGGACAUACUGCAGUAUGUGUGACACAUGUCAACGGAUAGGAAAGCGGGGGGACCACCCAAGAGCUAGGCUUAUGUCUAUGCCUAUCAUUGGGGAGCCCUUUGCCCGCAUAGCCGUUGACAUUGUGGGUCCACUGGCCAGGGCUAGUCCAUCCGGUAAGAAAUAUAUUCUCACCUUGGUGGAUUAUGCCACUCGCUAUCCGGAGGCAGUAGCGCUGUCUAAUAUAGAGGCAGAGACAGUUGCUGAUGCCCUGGUUAGGAUUUUUACCAGAGUCGGGUUCCCUCAAGAGAUUCUCUCUGACCAGGGAACCCAAUUCACCGCUGUGCUCACCCAGCAACUGUGGAAGGUGUGCGGUAUUAAACCGCUGCUUAGCUCACCUUACCAUCCACAGACUAACGGUCUCUGCGAGCGAUUUAAUGGCACCCUCAAACAGAUGCUGAGGACCUUUUCUGACACUUGCAGAGACUGGGAGCGAUUCCUGCCUCAUCUGUUGUUUGCCUACAGAGAGGUGCCCCAGGAAUCUACUGGGUUCUCCCCCUUUGAGUUACUAUAUGGGAGAAGGGUCCGCGGACCCCUAGAUCUCAUUAGAGGCCACUGGGAGGGGGAGACAGAGCAGGAAGGGACCCCCAUAGUACCCUAUGUUCUGGAACUCCGGGACCGCAUGGAGAAACUGUCCCUAAUGGUAAGGGAGAAUCUCCAGGUGGCUCAGGGGAGACAGAGGAGGUGGUACGAUCGGGGUGCCCGACAGCGAGUUUUCCAGGUUGGGCAGAAAGUACUAGUGCUCAAACCUGUGAAGGCGAACAAGAUGCAGGCAUCUUGGCAGGGCCCGUAUAAGGUGUUAGCGCAGAUAUGUGAUACUACCUACCUUAUAGCCAGCUGUUCAGAUGAAAGGAUCCAGCGAUCCUUCCAUGUGAACAUGCUAAAGGAGUAUCAGGAGAGACCGGAGAAUGUCGCUGCAGUAUGUGCCCCUGCUGCAGAUGAUACAGAAAGUUUACCCUUGCCAGACCUGUUAGAGAGGGACCCCCAGACGGAUCUUACUAGCCUAGUACAGCUAGGGGACAGAUUGAGCGCUACCGAGAAGGGCCAGGCAAGACAGCUUUUGUGGGAAAAGCAGGCGACCUUCUCCCAAGAACCUGGUUACACUACCCUAGCUGUACACAAGGUAGAAACCCCUGGACAGAACCCUCUGCGACAACCCCCUUACCGUAUCCCUGAAGCAGUCCGGGAAGGAAUGCGGAAGGAGAUACAGGAGAUGACCCAGCUGGGGGUCAUCGAACACUCCGAUAGCCCUUGGGCCUCGCCUGUAGUCCUGGUGCCCAAGAAGGAUGGGACCACCCGGUUCUGUGUGGACUACAGGCGUCUCAAUGAGCGGACCACCACUGACGCCUACCCGAUGCCUCGGGUAGACGAAUUGCUAGAUCGCAUUGCCAGGGGACGCUAUCUGACCACCAUAGACCUGUGCAAAGGCUACUGGCAGAUUCCCCUGGCCGAGGAUGCUAUCCCCAAGUCGGCCUUUGUCACCCCAUUUGGCCUGUACCAAUUUAAGGUCAUGCCAUUUGGGAUGAAGAAUGCCCCGGCUACCUUCCAGCGCAUGGUGGAUAGACUUCUUGAUGGAUUCCAGGAAUUUGCUUGUGCAUACCUGGAUGACAUUGCGAUCUACAGUGAGUCCUGGGAAGAACACCUAGUACAUGUAGGGGUAGUGCUGGACAAGAUUCGGGCCGCUGGCCUGACAUUGAAGCCAGAGAAGUGCCAUUUAGGCAUGGCUGAAGUGCAGUACCUGGGUCACAGAGUAGGGUGUGGGAGCCAAAGGCCAGAGCCAGCCAAGAUAGAGGCAGUUGCCAACUGGCCCACACCUAUCACCAAGACCCAGGUGUUAGCCUUCCUAGGGACAGCAGGGUACUAUAGACGCUUCGUCCCCGACUACAACUCUAUUGCUAAACCCCUGACUGACUUGACCAAGAAAAAUCUUCCUAAGCAGGUCCUGUGGUCUCCGGCUUGUGAAGCUGCGUUCCAAGCACUCAAACAUGCUCUUGUGAAUGCCCCUGUCCUGGCUGCCCCAGUCCCUAACAAACGUUUUCUCGUCCAUACAGAUGCUUCCAUGUAUGGACUGGGGGCUGUGCUGAGCCAGGUCGGGGAAGAUGGAGGAGAGCACCCUGUCGCAUAUCUCAGCAGAAAGUUGUUACCCAGAGAAGUGAGUUAUGCGGCAGUGGAGAAGGAAUGUUUGGCCCUGGUGUGGGCAUUGAAGAAGCUAAGCCCGUAUUUAUAUGGACAGGAAUUUUCCCUUGUGACGGACCACAAUCCCCUUGUCUGGCUUAACCGGGUCUCUGGAGACAAUGGCAGACUGCUGAGGUGGAGUUUAGCACUACAGCCAUAUAACUUCACCAUCACUUAUCGACCCGGUAAGCAGAAUGGGAACGCAGAUGGAUUGUCCAGGCAAACCGACAUCCUCACCCCAUCUUAGUCCGGUCAUCCCCACGUUGACCCGCUAAAGGGUCAAGCCGGGUCUGCCGGAGUGUCCCACAAGGGGGGAGCCGUGUGACAGAUUCAUCUGCAUUGUUGGUUCGUCUGUUUCCCUUUGUUCGCGGAAUUGCCUGUUCAUAUACCCCCGUUCGUGUAUUUGCAAAAUGCCGAUUGAAACUACCGAACGAACGACCACCCAGGAGAGGAGUGUGCUGCUGGUUAACCUCUUGGCCCCAAUUAGAACGUUGUGGUUAACCGCAGACACCUCUCCAUUCCAUUCGUACGGGUGGUCGUCGUUCGCAUGUCGACCACGAGGCAGCGGCCAUUUUGGGACAUACGAACACAGAGCGGUGUUCGGUACAAACUGUAUGGAACUAAAAACGGACACUUAAACUACCGAACACCGCUGAAAAGCUGCUGCCUACCUUCCUUUUCGACAAGGCAUGCGAACGUCGGUCGUUCGGGAGUUUUAUUCAUUCGUAUGGACUUUUACCCCGACAGCCAUCCCAUGGAGUCAUUCGUAUACCGAAGGACUGGUGAAAGACUUUGACUCCAUGGCGAUUCGACUAGAUACAUCGGAUCUGAGCGCUAUUCGGUGAAAACAUGCCCUCAGAUCCAGGCUGUCUGGGGAUACGUUACACGAACCAUAUGCAUUCGGUAUUUCUGUAGUUAUGUAUUUUAAUGUCUUUUUGUUACUGUAAUUUAAGAUGGCGAUGGUCUCUACCUUGGGAGAUAAUUAGGUUUCUUCCCCAAUUAUCUCCAAGGUAAAGAAGACGGAAUUAUGGGCAAGAUGGGAAGGGCUAUUAUUGAAGCCACUGCGAUUGGCUACUGUCCAAUAUGUGUUACAGUCUUCCACAAGGUCCCCUCGGGGAGUGUCCACCUUGUGGAGACCUGCAUAAAUACCGGGCAGGUAGCCCCCAUUAAACAGAUCUUCAUUUGACCCUCAAGACGGAGCUUGGUCUCGUUUGUGGGGGGAAUUAUUAUUGGGACAGCGCUUUCGUUAUUUCUAGCUGUGGAAGGCGUUCGACUGUUUGGCUGAUCGGGAGUUGCCGUGUUCGCGGACUUCGUUCGGGAGUUUGGGCGAUCGGCUGGAUUUAAACUGCAUUUCUGGAAAAGGGGAUUAUUGCCUAAACGGCGGCUUCAUCUACCCGACGGUACGUGUCGUAACACAAACUUUUUCCGUUUUCUUGGUAUCACAUUAUAAACAUGAGAUACCUAAAAAAAAACUGAAAAUACAACUACGAGUAAUCAUGUGUAUAUGAUAAAUAAAGACAAUAAUGAACUUAUUAAGAUGAAGAGAAUAAUAUAAGUAUAUACAUAUAUACAUGUCAUUAUAAAUUGUUUCUAUGUGCCAAUUAAAGAACCAAUUGUCAAAAAAAAAAAAAAAAUUCCCAUGACUCUCAUGCUGGCUAAACACUCUUGGAAAAUAUAGUUCAUAAAUGUAGCUAGCAUUACAGAAAAUACACUAUCAACCAGUAACCAAUCACAACCCCAUAUAUUUAUUAUAAUUUCCUCCAGUGCAAAGGUCAUCGUUUUUUCUUUCUAAACUAGUUUCAAAGCUUAUAACGUUUAUAACUUCACCUGUCUUAAGUAAUUAAUGGGAAUUAUCUUACAAAAUAUAAUAAUAAAUGGGCACACAUAACCAUUCCAGCUAAUGUUGUGUUGACAUUGCUCCCUUUCACUGUCUCCCAAUUUAAUAUCAAAUCAUUUAAAAACAGCUGGAUAUAAUCCGGGACUCCUUUCUGUGCAUGGGUACUCUAGGCAACCUAACCACAAAAACAACCUGUAGUGGUAAUAUUAAUUAGAAUGCCUCUUUAAGUUAGCUUAACACUACUUAUGCAAUACUGUUUUACACAUGAACUUUGUAAUUAAGUGUCUAGCAAGGAUUUAGACUCAUUAGAAUACGCAGAUUACAUAUUAACCACUCUGUAACUGUCAUUUUUUGUUGUUGAUUCAUCAGGUCUGAGAAUAGGCUGCUCACACAAUUGCAAUUGCAUUUGAUAUGCAUCCUGUGUGAACACUGUCACCUAUGGGAGUCAGAUGCUUAUAGCACCAUAUCAUGGUUAUAGUUAGGUUGCCUAUCCCUGGCUGCCCUUGAGUUAAAAACUGUGGUUUUUUAAAUGUUUUUUUGGAUACAGAUAUAAAUUAUGUACAUUAGUUUAACAAACCAUUCCCCAAUUUUUAGCAUUUUCUAAAUUGCUCGUUCGACAACUGUAAUUUAUUAUAUAAUAAAAAGUAUUUGUAAAACCCCUUCAUGAGACUCUUCAUGGUGUGAAAGUAGCCCCCAUAAGAAGGAUAAUACUUUUACAAAAAACUAUUUAUUGUGGGCAGUUGGCAGGGUUCUGAUGAAUUUGAUGUGUUUGUUCACACCAUUGAUUGUCCACCAACAUAGCAGAGAGCUAGUUUUGGGUACGAAAUAAUGAAUAACAUCUUAUAGAUAUGUAUUUUUCAGUAGGGAAUUCUGCCACAUGAAAGAUUUCAAAACUGCAAAGUUUAAAAAGAAAAUGCAUUAAUUGUGCUAGGAACUUCACAAUAUCAGUAAAACUAUAUGGUAAAAUAUUGUUAGUUACCGUAUUUGUUCUUAAUAAUAGCUAUAUGCCUAUUUUAGUUGCAGAAUUUGUCGGCAUGGACCACCGGAGGACUGUGGGGAUUGUUUACCAAGUUGCCUUUACUGUUGGCCUCCUAGUACUCUCGGGAGUUGCUUAUGGAAUAACUAACUGGAGAUGGUUGCAGCUGGCUGUCACUCUGCCAAACUUUUUGUUUUUGGCAUAUUACUGGUAAAAUCUAUAUGUUACAAAGAAUGUUUUGUUACAGAGAAGUUUUAUUAGUUUAUCAGUUAUAGAUCCUCAAACAGUAAAUUUUUUGAGUUUGUCAUCUCAUAGGAUCAUACCUCCAAACAUUGUGAGCUAUGGAAUCAGAAUGGGUGGGUUGACCUUCAAGGGGAAUUGACAAUGACACAAUUUGCGUCAUAAUGGGAUGCCCAUAUCAGUUGGACACCCAUAGAAAAUGGACAGGUAUGCCCACUAAAAAAAGCAUGUCAGCCAGGGGUCAAGCAGGCCAGGCUGAAAGAUAGCCUCACGGCGAGACCCAAAUAUAUAAGACUAUGCAGAGAGACCAUGCAACAAGAGCUGCUAAAUCGCUCCCUGUAUGGUUCUAGUGGCCACCUCACAAUAUGAGCACGUCUAAUGAUGCACUCACUCAGUGCUACUUGGGGACAGUUCUUUGGUGUCCCUGGAUCCCGGGAUCUAAAUAGGAAUGGCAAGAAAAGACUCUAGAACAAAGACUGUCCCACCAAAAGUGAGAAAGUUGGGUGGCCCGCAGAGAGAUCUGGUGGUAAGUGAAGAAUUGUAUGUAUUCUGAGAAUUAAUUAAAUGCAAGAGUCCAUUUCAACUGUUAAAUUAAUACAUUCCUUCUGAUUAACCCUGCCUAAUGGUAGAUUUUUUAAUUUUUAAUUUUUUUUUAAUUGAUUUUCUUGUAAUGCAAAUCUGUCAAAUUAGGAGGGUACAAAAGCAAAAAGGGUAUACAUAGUUACAUCAAGGGUAUUGUCUAACAAUGAAAUGACUACACGCAUUAUAACCAUAUAAUCCUGAGUACUAUAUUAUAGUAUAUAUUACCCGCUAUCUGUACGUCCGAGCUUCCGUUCCAGUCCACCAAUUGGGACGAGCUCUUCGGGGUUUUCGUCCAGGUCUUACCCAGGGCUGCUAAACCUUACACUAGUGUCAAUCUAGUACUGGUUGGAAGCAUGUGCAACCUAUGACUGCCCUCGGGGACGCUGGUUUCGUGACCUUACGUGGGAUUUCUGCUGGAGCUCGUUUUAUGUAUCAGUGUAGGGAAUAAGAUCAUAUUCCACUUCUAGUCUGUUGUGAGAGGUUGUGCGUGUCGGGUUUGCCUCGGAUUGUUAGGGUUGGAUGUCAGGGAAGGGAAGUUUGGGGGUGCUGAGCAAGGGAGUCAGGAGGGGGGAGUUUAGGGAUUGUGUUUGUUAUUUGCCUAAUGGUUUUGUAACAGACCAGAUAAUAUUAUUAUUUUGAGAGUUUUGAAAGGCCAGCUAACAGCCUAGAGUAGUAUACUCACCAGCAAAACACAUAGUAAACACCGUCUGUAUGUAUUCAUCUUCUUUAAGCAGGGCUAGCACCUCUUAACUGCCUUAUUGAUGUGAAAUUUUUACCUGUACAGGUGUGUCCCAGAAUCCCCUCGAUGGCUUAUUUCUCAAACAAGAAAGGCUGAAGCACGGGAAAUUAUCCAGGGUAUUGCCAAAAAAAAUGGGAAAACUAUGCCAGAGGCAUUAGAGGUAAAUCAUGAAUCUUAAACUAUUUAACAGUAAAAUAGCAACUGGUGGUUUGCCACGUGCAAAUGGGGUCCCUAAUUUAGGGUCAUGGUCUAUCCAAGUUAAUAAGAGUUACAUUCUUAAGUGGUAAAUACAUCUUUUUAACUCAGCUCAGUCCCAGACUAAAUAAUUGGUGGCAGCUGCUGUCUACAAUUGCAGACCCACAUAACUCGCAACCGCUUGACCCUACACUAAUCCUAGCCAAAAAAUGUCAUGUAAUAUAAAAGAUAUUUAGAAAUGUUUGUAUUAUUGGAAAAUAAUGUCAUUGAGGCAGGGCCAGACUGGGAAAAAAAUGUUUUAAUCAAAGCAAACCACUGAGAAGGGGGAUGUGGCAAAAGAGGGGUGUUUUGUUAUCAACAAUGACAAGCCUGUCCCCUCUCAAAUUAGCAUGUUGGUUCAUUGCUUUUCAGGGCAGACCAUGCGCAGAGCCCUGCUGAAGAGUUCUAGCAUGAGAAAAGGGCCCUGUAUUUUUUCUGCAAGCAAAUUUAUUAACAUUCUUGCACUUUUUGCUUGUAAGUUGUCUCUGGUAUCUUCAUAUGUGGGAUACCAGAGGACAAAAUGGCCACAAAAGCGUAUUGUGUUUGGAGCCUGCUUGUGGGAUUGUGUCAGUGUAGAGUGAGCGGAUUGUGGUGUGGUAUUGUGUAAAUAGGUCAGUUUCAGUUGUGUUGUGUUUGUCGUGUAAUAAGGGUAUAAGGGCUGUAGAGAGUGAGACAGUGUGUGUAUAGGGGGCAUAGUGUGUAUGUAGCGAGUGUGUGCAUAGGGGUUGAAGAGAAUGUGUUUAGCGAAUGUAGUAUGUGUUUGCUUACAGGGGAUCUAGUGUGUACAGGGAAUCCAGUAUGCAUGUCAGGAUUGUAGUGUGGUUCAGUAUGUGUCUGUAUGGGAUCUAUUGUAUUUGUAUGGAAUCUAGUGUGUGACUGGAGAACCCAGAGUGUGUAUAGGAGAUCUAGUGUAUGUGUAAAGGAUUCAAAAUGUGUAUAUGGGAUUUAGUGUGUAUAUGUGUGUAGAUGGUGUAGAGUUGUGUACAUGAUCUAGUGUGUGUGUGUGUCUGGAAUGUAAUGCAAGUAGGGGUGCAAGGUGUUUGUGUGAGGGUUGCAAUUUGUGUGUGAGGGGAUUCAAUUUGUGUGUGAGGCUGCAGUGUGUGUGUAAGAGGUGCAAUGUGUGUGAGGAGUGUAGUGUGUGUGAGGGGUGCAAUGUGUGUGUGAGAGGUUGCAGUGUGUGAGGGGUUGCAAUGUGUGAGGGGAGCAGAGUGUGUGUAAGAGGGGCAGGGUGUGUGUGUGAAGGAUUCUAUGCUAUGUGUGUGUUAGGGGUUGCAGUGUAAGAAGGGUGCUGUGUGUGUGUGUGUGUAAAGAGUGCAGUGUGUGUAUGAGGGGUCCAGUGUCUGCGUGAGAGGUGCAGUGUCUGUUAGGGGUGGCAAUGUGUGUGUGAUGGGUGCAGUAUGUGAAGGGUGCUGUGUGUGUGUGUGUGUGUAAAGAGUGCAGUGUGUGUGUCUGUGUGUGUGUGAGGGGUGCAAUAUGUGUGUGUGUAAGAGGGGUGCUGUGAACGAGAGGGGUGCUGUGUGUGUCUGAGGGGUGCAGUAUGUAUGAGAGGUGCAGUGUGUGUUUGUGAGGGGUGCUGUGUGUGCGUGAGAUGGGUGCGGUAUAUGUGAUGUGUGCAGUGUGUGUGAGAGGGUGCUGUGUGUGUUGGAGGGGUGCAGUGUGUGUAUGAGAAGUGUAGUGUGUGUGUGAGGGGUGCAGUGUGUGUGUGUGAGAGAUGCAGUGUGUGUGUGAGGGGUGCUGUGUGUGUGUGAAUAUGUUUGGAAGUAUUGUGUGUGUGGGGUGCAGAUUAUUGCAAAUAUAUUAUAUAUGUUUUGUUUUUGAUUUAAAAAAUGAGGGUUGUAUUCCCCCUCCCUUCUUACAUUUGGCCCGGGAGAGGGGAUAUUGAUUGUAAUCCCUGGUGGUCCUAGUGGGGAGUGAAAUUUAGCCUGCAACUCAGCUAGAGUUCACUCACGCAAGCUCGAUGGUAACCGUGGCAAUGCUCCAGCCUCAUGAGAGGAACUAGGUGGAGCUGCUGGCCAUAGCUCCUGGGUCUCUUCUCCUUCCCAUGCUGACUGCUGCAUUUCACUGCCUUUAGGCCAGUGAGGGAGAUCUUUGAUCUCUCCACCAGCCCUAAUGGCACACAGCAGAGCCGGCACUUGCAUAGUGCCAGCUCGGCAUGGGCUAGCAGAGGAGAUAAAAGGCAUUUUUAUCUGCCCGGUUUGCCUGAUGGCCAGUCUGUGCCCGCAUUGAGAGAUUCUGAAGAUCUUCAGUGUUGUGGUUUAUAGAUGUCUCCAAGAGCCCUCGAUGGCAUUAUUUUCCCAUACUCACUUCUCAAUUAUGUGUCCUCUAUUUAACCAAUGGGAUUCCUGAAUGGUAAAUUACAUUAUCAAUGACAUAAAAUAUAAGCAGUCUAGUUUCUGUAUUUCACAUUGUGUGCUGGGCGCAUGCAAUGCAUGCUCACUCAGUACAAGUACUUGGAUGGAUAAUGAAGAAGUGAUAUUUCCUCAUCAUAACAUUUUAAGUUGAGGGGGUAGUUUUAGGCAGGGACAGAUUAACAUACGAAUUAUUGAAGCAGCAGCUCUGAGUCAUCCAUGCUUUAAGAUAGACACAAACCAGCCACAAUAUAAUUGUUCACUUUUUCACAUUUCUUCCUGCUCCACUGUGUUUAUUAAUUGCAUACCUGUCGUAACUGCAUAGUAAUUACAUUGUUAUGUGUUUGUUAGGAGUCUUUCUUUAAAGCCCGAUGCAUAACAUUGCAACAUGGGAUGGAGCAUUUUGAGUCCACGUGGAUCAGUAUUAGUCAUCCUAUUUAUCCUACAUAAUCUAUAACAGCUACCAUGAUAUAAAAAGAAAGAGAAAAUGUCUAGCAGAAACUACUGAAAUUCUCAAAUAUACACUAAAACUAAAACUGAAUGUUCAGGCAACACUCUACUGAAAUCCAAGGACUCCACCAAAGUCCAAAUAAAGUAAAGAUAAUAUAAAUAAACUAGGUAAAACUAGUAAAAAAAGAUCAGGCGUGAGGUAGUGAAUGGGUUAAAUGAGGUAAAGAUCAGCUACACAUGCAGGAUAAUAUUGCAGGCAGCAAAAAUCAGGAGUAAGGUGAAUUAUAAACAGCUAGAAAUACAAUUGAUAAUGCAACGACCAUAAAAUUGACAUAUAGCAAAAAUGUUGCUAAAAAUUGGAAACAGUCCAAAAUUAGAUAAGUAAGUCCGUUUAGCCAAAAAUAAUCACAAUAAAUCUGUAUGCCUGGAUUGAGGGAUCACGGCUGGAUAUACAGCCGGGGUAUUUCUGACAGGCUAAAAUAAUGUAGUACUAGAAAAUCCAAAUGUACAAAUAGUAAAAUCGUGACAAUCACUAUUAGAUCACAGUGAUGGAUCUAAAGUGGCAGGAUCCUUACUGUGAUCUGUAAUAGAAAUGAACAACCAUAGUGUUCUCCAUAAAAAAACAAAACGUAAAUUUGUGCAAAGAUUAAAAACACUCACAUAAUGGUAUGGGGUAUAUUUCAAAUGGAUAGGAUCUUUGGGAUAAGUGUGAUAGUAGAUCAAUAAUUAUCCUCCCUCCGGCCGGCUCGGAGAUAAUGUUGUGAGGAACUGUUAGAGCCAACGUGUUUGCGUGCAUUCCACUUAGUCCCGUGCCUGCGUUCCACCGAAACCCGAUACCAGGGUGAUGUGCGUAAAGCCUUAUGCGUUUCGUGAACGGUCGGUUCACUUCAGCAUAGGCUGGCAUUUUUGGUCUGUCUCUGCGUAUAAAUAGCCAUUAUAGAAGAUACGGCAUAACAGUUAACUUUUGAUGGUCCAGAGACUAUUGAAAGGAUACUCUGUAUGUGUACAUCAUGGUCUUUGACAAUAGUUGAGCAUAUUGUACAUUAAUAAAGGGUAACUUCUGAACAUAUAAGAUAAUAAAUAAAUAAAUAUAUAUAUAUAUAAAUACAUCAAACAGUACAUUCACUUGUUGAAGAAAAAUUGGUAAUCAAUGUCAUAGAGAUACCAUCAAGGAAUAUUAAUGAAAAUAGGGAAACACAGACGAGAAAAUGAAGCAGCAGUUAAUAGAAAGCAACAUUUAAUACAUUAUCUAUAUGGAUCUCAGAUCUGUCUGUGCGUAUAAAUUGCCUUUAUAAAAGAUACGUCCUAGUAACUAACUCUUGAUGGGCCAAAGACUGGUAAAAAGAUAUUUUGAAUAUGUACAUACCAAUUUUUGGCAAUUGUUGAUAUUAAUUGAGCAUAUUAUACAUAGUUACAUAGUUACAUAGCUAAAAAGAGACUUGCGUCCAUCAAGUUCACCUUCCUCACAUUUGUUUUUUGCUGUUGAUCCAAAAGAAGGCAAAAAAAAAGUUUGAAGCACAAUUUUGCAACAAACGAGGAAGAAAAUUCCUUCUUGAACCCUGAAUGGCAGUCAGAUUUAUCCUUGGAUCAAGCAGUUAUUACCCUACAUUGAAAAAUUAUAUCCUUGAAUAUUCUGUUUUUACAAGUAUGCAUCUAGUUGCUGUUUGAACAUCUCUAUGGACUCUGAUAAAACCGCUUCUUCAGGCAGAGAAUUCCACAUCCUGAUUGUUCUUACAGUAAAAAAACCUUUGGGGGGGCGGAGUCAAGCUGCAGAGCGGAGAGGUUGCAUGGCACUGCAGCACCAGUGAUUUAAACUAAAGAUACCCUAAAUUGACCGGAAGAAACCCGUCCAAAACGGCUAAAAAACAAAGCCACAGCAGCGGAACCGACAUGGGACGCAAAAACAAGAAACAAAAGCCUGAACAGCCCAGACUUGGCCUCGACAUCGGAGCCAUGUGGAAGCAGGCAUACGGAGCGACCGGGCCCAAAAUGGCCGACUACCCAGAAAACUACUCCGAAUGCACGGACGACUUCGACCAGAGAGAGGACGCAAAUAACUCUCUGGCACCAACCUCAAAGCCCCUGAACCCUGAUGAUGCACCAGUCACAACAGUGGUGCUCAAAGCGCUGCUGGCAGGCCUACAGACCACGCUUCAAGCGGAAAUGGCGGGCCUAUGCACAGACCUCCAGGGCAUAACCGGGAGACUGGGCAACCUGGAAGACACCUCAGCCACCACAGUGACCCACAUUGACUCCAUGCAACAGGAGAUAAAGGGUUUACAAAGUAAAACGGAGGCUUUCGAGCGGCGAUUCGCCGUACUGGAGGACACACGCCGAGCGAUCAACUUAAAGGUACGGGGAAUACCUGACAAUAUGCCAGCGGAGGAACUACCACACUUUGUGCAACGACUCUUGGCAAUGCUAUUACCAUCACAGCAAGCCAAAGCCAUCAGCCUAGACGGUGUCCACAGAAUCCCCAAACUGGCCAAACCCCAACAGCGGCCUCCAGAGAUACCAUAAUCCACUUUCAGCAGAGGGAGGAUAGAGCGGCAACUAUGGAGAAAACAAGAAAUCAUACCCAAUACUCUUUUGAAUCCAUAUCACUUACCUUCUUCGCGGACUUAUCUGGCAGUACAUUGGCAUGGAGAAGAUCGCUCAAACCAAUCACUACGCUCCUCCAGCAACGAUGCAUAACAUACCGAUGGCGCCUCAACCAAACCCUACUGGUAACAAAGGGCGAGACCACCCAUGAGGUCCACGACCUGCAGGGAGCACAGGACUUACUACCCAAGCUCGGCCUGCCUCAGGAUGCCAUGCACCCCACGGCACAACCAGAGACCACCAAACCACAACACAGGUCGGACCCUGAUAAAGCCAAAACUUUGUUCCAAGACGUCCUGGAUCCUGCCCCGACAACCCACCAUGAAAGCUCCCAGGGACAUAAAACUCAUGACAAGUUCAUGGCCGGGACUGACAGACCAAACCACAAUAGUGGUAACGCACCAAGAUCCCACGGUCAUCUUUACUAUGGUUAUUUUGUUUGCAGAUUUUGUUUUGAAUGCUAAGCCUAAUCUACCAGUUUUGCCUAAUACUACAUUACAUAGUCUCCCCCAAUGCCAUACUUCCAGAGUAUGCCAGCUACCUACACGUACCACACCUACGCUUUUGCCACCCACUUGAUCAAGUACCUCUCUCCCCCCACCCUCGUCUGCCCUAAGCGGAUACCAAACGACACAUACUCCCAAACAGAGGACAGACGGGGGUAUCUAACACCCAGCACCAGAUACUUUAUGUAACGGAUCACCUGGCACCCCGACUGGGUACCUCCAUUGAAGGAUGCUCCGAGCGCUUCCUGAGGACUCCAAGCACUGCAGCAGACACCACAACCACCGAACCGGAGAAGCAUAUGAAUGCUCUCAAGCAUAUGAAUGCUGUAAGCAGCUAAACAGGAAAAGCAUACAAUCAGCUUACACUCCUGGCAAUCAGCAUACAAUCCAAUUCCCCCAAUAACGAGACGACACUUCGUUUUGAGGUCAAGCAGAACUGACUGUACAUCCUCUUUUAUUCCCAAUCCACAAACUUAGUACUGCCCACAGGGUUUUACAGAACAACCAAUAACACACGUACAUUACAGAAAACACUCCCAGCAAUUAUACACAAAAUCUUCCCCUCUGCUUGUGAUCUAAUUAUGGCACACAAUGGGUUAACAUAAUUAUCACCAGCAGGAAAAAUACAGUAUCAUAAAACACAUCACAGGGACCCCAAAACAUGCAAUAACCCCAUAAAAAUUGGAGCCGGGGGAUCUGGGUGAACCACAUAUCCAAAAUUCACCCAGAUCCGUUCAGUAGUUUGGAAGAUACAGUUUAAUGCAGAUUCUGCAGAACAUAUACAGGCUAUAUGAAAAAUAAUAACUGUAUAAUGUGUCCCCUGUUGUAUAGUUUAAAACUACUGAACGAUGUCUUCGUGCACCAAAUACUGGCGAGAUGGCACCGUGUAGAAAACUCCACACAGUAUCUGUGAGUUAAAAUGGCCGCCAUCCAUUGUUCUCACCAUGUGCUCCAUCCAUUGUUCUCACCAUGUGCCUCUGUUACAUGAAAUGGUGUCUUUAAAGGGUAAUACAUCCCAGGGGCCAUAGUCACAUGGCAGGAGGCUGGCAAUCAGUCUUCUCCAAUGCCCAUUGGCGAGGUCGGUUUCGCCACACUUUACAAGCUACAUACUCACCUGUACGACUACAACAGGGAAAAUACACCCCAUUACGACACAUUACACCACCUCAUUCAACCCUCUAAAUAUUGGAACAGCUGAUGACAAGCAUAGUGGGGAUUACUUCGUGGCACAUACAUCAACUGUACAAACUCUACCGCCCAGCAGGCACACGCCAAGUAUCAAUUAGUUAUUCCAAAGCCACUGUCAUAUUCCAAUUUUAAGCACACACAAGCCACCAUAACACUGUCAUUAUUCAUCUGCUUAACCAUAUGUACAUAUCUUCGUCAAUAGAUGACCAGAUCAGGCAAUGAAUAUUUUCAGCUUAAAAACCAUCAAUGUUCUUACCUUGUCUCAUGCCGUUAGCAUGUUUAAAAAUACACUGUUUACAAAUAUACUGUUUACUAAGCAACUAUCCUUAAAUGUAAAAAUUGUGCUAGAUUAUGCAAAUACCCCAAUGUUUACCUACUUAGUAAGCGUUGGAGGAAUGCCUUUGGGGUACCUCAAAACCGUCUUUUAUAAGCAUAUGCACUACAAAGAUAAAAAAUUAAACCCUUCUCCCCCCCCAAAAAAAACCCCCUUUUUUUGCCUUAGACAAAAUCUUCUUUCUUCCAGUCUAGACGCAUGACCUCAUGUCCUAUGUAAAGUACGGUUUGUGAAUAGAUUUCUACAUAAUGGUUUGUAUUGGCCCCGUAUAUAUUUGUAUAAUGUUAUCAUAUCACCUCUCAGGCGACGUUUUUCUAAACUAAAGAGGUUUACAUUUGUUAACCUUUCUUCAUAGCUGAUAUGUUCCAUUCCUUUCUAGUAAUUUUGUAGCCCGCCUCUGCACUUUUUCUUUUGUCAUAAUAUCCUUCUUUAGAACAGGUGCCCAAAAUUCCACAGCAUAUUCAAUAUGUGGUCUUACCAGUGAUUUAUAAAGAGGCAAAAUGAUAUUCUCAUCCCGAGAAUGAAUGCCCUUUUUUAUGCAUGACAACACCUUACUGGACUUAGCCACUGCUGAUGGACAUUGCACAUUGUUGCAUAGUUUGUUGUCUAUAACAAUUGCCAAGUCCUUUUCGUGUGUUGUUAUCCCUAAUUUGCUUCCAUUAAGGGUAUACGUUGCUUGUGCAAGCUCUACACCGAAGUGCAUAACUUUGCAUUUUUCAACAUUAAAUUUCAUCUGCCAUUUGAGUGCCCAGUCCCCCAGUCUAUCUAAAUCCCUCUGCAGCAAAAUAAUAUACUGCUCACAUUGUAUUCCUUAACAGAGUUUUGUGUCAUCUGCAAACACUGGAACAUGACUUCCAAUGCUUUUUUCAAGAUCAUUUAUACAUUAAUAAAAGAUAACUUCUAAAAAUAUGAGACAAUCAUAAGUAAAUAUAUAAAUACAUUAAACAGUGCCUACAUUUGUUGAAGAAACCAAUAUUGACAAUAGAUGUACCAUUAAGGAAUAUUAAUAAAAAUAAGGAAAUUUAGACAGGGAAGUGGAGCAGCAAUAAAUAGCAAUCAACAAUUGGUAAAAUAUCUAUAUGAAUAUAAGGUGAUCUAUGUAACAUGAAUAAUUGCAUGGUUGGAGGACUAAAUAUACGACUAAUAACCUGGAGAUCCCUGAGUGGAAUAGUGAAAAGAAAAGAAAGGAAAAAAAUAAUAGAAGAAAAAAAAUGAAAAAAGAUAUAUAAAAUAAAAAUAAAUCAAUAAAAUAAAAAUAAUAAUAAAUAAAAAUAAUAAUAAAUAAAAAUAUAAAUAAGUAAUUAGAAAUAUAAAUGGUGUAAAUAGUAAUUAGAGAAAAGCAUUCAACUCAAAGUCUACGUUGAGGCCAUCUGGUUCUAGGGUAUCUAAUUGGAAUAUCCACUUGGCUUCUGCUUUGUCGAGUUCUUUUUCUAAAUUACAACUCCAUGGGGUGUUAAUUUUCUCAAUUGCAAAGAAUUCCAAUCCAUUAGGGUUUCUUCCAUGUGCUAUCUCAAAAUGUUUGGAAAGAUUAAGCGGGGUGAGGCCUUUCUUGAUAUUGCGGAUAUCUUCCCCUACUCUAGUUUUGAAAUUUCUUUUGGUAUAAAUUUUAUCGCAGGGGCAGCUUAAUAAAUAUAUAAGUCCCUUAGUGUUACAGUUAAGAUGAUUCUUGAUAGGAAAUGUCUCAUUGGUUAAUGGAUGAGAGAAUUCCUUAAUGGUACAUGCUUGGUUUGGAUUAUUUAUACAUCCUCUACAUUUUACACACUUCCAAAAAACCCAUUCCAAUUUAGGGUUUUUUGAUACUGAAUUUGUAGUAAAAUUCUUAAUGGUUGGAGCUAGUAGUGUCUGGAGAUUGGGAGCUUUGGAACAGAUAACCUUAGGUUCUGGUCCAAGUAUCUUAUCUAGGAUAGGGUCUCCUUUCAGAAUAUUCAAAUUUUUGCGUAAAAUUUUAUAUAAUUCAGGUGAUAAAAGCUGAAGCAUAUGAAAAUUCUACAGAUGAUAACAGUAUACAGUGACGUAACGUCAGCUGUCACCAAAAUGUAAUCCUCCUGCCAUUUUUAUUUAAGAUAAAAUCUGUAUAAUGUGAGUGGUAUCUCUAAGAUGUGACUUGAGUUUUACCAUUAUUGGCUGCAAAAAUGUAUCAUCAUAUUCAGAUAGAUUCAAUGUCAACGAUCUAAUGCCGGAAAUUAAUCAGACGUCCUGGAGGGUUAUUCAGCCGUUUGUGAAUUUUGGGUAGAUAGUAAAACACUGUUAAUCUGGGGAAUAAAGAAUUGAUAUAGUCAUAUUCUUUUUGAUUCAGUAUUCCCCUAGUUCUACCUUCAUCUAGCAGUGUCUUGAGUUCUUGUUGGAAUUGUUCACAGGGAUUCUCUUUCAAAAUACUAUAAGUGUUUACAUCACUUAAUAGUCGUUGAUUUUCUUUCAUGUAGUCAGAGGUGUUCUGAAUCACUAAUCCUCCUCCUUUGUCUGCAGCUCUAAUCGUAACCUCAUCUUUCUUCAUUAGAUUUCUUAGUGAAAUGCUUUCUUUGCGUGCGCAUUAGGUCUCCCCCGCCGGCAGCCGCGCAUGCUCAAUAGGUCUCCCCCGCCGGUUGACGUCGGUGGGGGAGGAGCGUGGGCGGACCCUGACCGAGCACUAAGGGACAUUGGCGCUGGAUACAGGUAAGUCACUGAAGGGGAGGGAGAGGGGACCUGCAGUGCCAAGAAAACGGUUUGUUUUCCUGGCACUGGAGAGUCCCUUUAACUCUUAUGAUCAUAUGAUCAUUGUACCUCUAUUUAAUGAACCUGCAGCUGAUAUUGGGCUAUCAAUAAAUUCCGAUUUACUAAUUAGCUUAUUUUCACUCCUUGCUCUACUGCUAAUUUGUAAGUAUAUUAAUUUACAUGUAUAUGUUUCUGUAAAUGUGUAAUCUGUAUGUAUAUUUAUGUGACAGACCACAGGUACAGAUUUAAGGAAGUUUCUUUCUUACUAGUUUAUGUGAUCUAGUAGGUCAAUAAUUCUGUUUUCCUUGCAUAGAAAUUCUGGAAGAAAAUGACAAAUUAUUGGCUGCCAGGUUAAACUUUUUUUUAGGUAAAUACAGGAGGCGACUACCUUCCCUUCUCCCAGGAUAUUGGCUUGCAAUAUUCCAAUAUUUAUUUCUUUAAGCCUUUUUUAUUUCUUAUUUUCUCAUAGACACCAUAGUAUAUGAAUUAUCCAGGACAUCCAAUGUGAUUGAAUAUCAUAGCAUUGCUACCAAGAAUUUCUAAAAUACAGUCCUUAGUCUAUUCAGAUAUAAUGGAUGCAUAUCUGCCAAAUCCGCCAUACUGUGAAUCAGAACGCCAAUGGGAUGGGGCAAAGGGGGUGUGGACCAGAGACCCAAUUUUGUACACCCAAAGAAUUGGCCGGUUAGCCUGGCAUGAAUGCACUCUAGGCUGCUUGUCCAUCAUCCAAGCCGUCCCACUAUUUCAGUGCUUUCUGCAGGAUGGUAAUGCCUUGAGCAUAACGCAAGCGCGCCAAAAGACACGCUUGCACUAUAAGUGUUGUGAAAAGCAGGUCAUUGUCGAACUACGUCGGAAUUAUGGGACAGGACCUAAAUCAUCACUGUACUGCCAAAAUCAGGAGGGUUGGGAGGCCUAUGGAUGGGUCCGAUUAAUUAAUCAUUUGGCGAUAGAUAGAUAGAUAGAUAUACAGAUAGAUAGACACAAACAUGGAGACACAUUAAUUUUAAUUUAAUUUAAAAUAACUUUUUAUCUUUUAUCUUAGAAUUUAACUGUGGAUGAAGAAGGAGACGAAAAACAGAUUCCAUCAUUUAUGGACUUGAUCAGGACACCACAGAUUAGGAAACAUACCUUUAUUUUGAUGUUUAUCUGGUAAUGCAUGCCCUGUACUUGUAAUUAUAAUUAAUGUCUACAGCACUGUUUAUCAUUUCCUGCAUUUGUUCUAGCACAAUGCAUGCUCUUACCACCGUCGAGAAAACUUGACUUUGACACUAUUCUUGGUAACGUCAGUAGGUGAUGCUUUUGUUUGACCCUAUUCUUGGUAACGUCAGUAGGUGAUGCUCUUCAUUGACCCUAUCCUUGGUAAAAUCAGUUUGGGAUCUUAUUAUUUUAGCAUGACUAUAUUAGAAGGCCAAAGCAUUCCCAAAAUUGUUAUAGGUAGUAACAGUGAAUAGGAUAGUAGGUACGGUACCUGUCUAAUGGGAGCACCUGCCAUGAUCAGAAGUGUGAUAUAUAUUUAUAAAUAAUUUUUUCAUUUUUCUAACUGCAUUUUUCUUUGGGAAGGUACUUCCUGAGUCUCUCCCCUCAAAUCAAGGAGCAAGCAAAACAUUUGGGUUGAGGCCUUUACUAUUCUUAUUGUAAGGAACUCGCUGUGUCCUUUCCAUACUCUGCAGGUUUACCUGUGCUGUAAUUUACCAGGGAUUGAUCAUGCAUAUGGGAACUACUGGUGAAAACAUAUAUUUUGACUUUUUCGUCUCUGCUAUGGUUGAAUUCCCUGCUGCUCUGAUAAUAAUCGUUACUGUGGAUCGAAUCGGGCGCCGUUAUCCAUGGGCUGUAGGAUGCAUUGUAACAGGAAUCUCCUGCCUAAUCACUGCCUUCAUCCCAAAUGGUAAACUACUCGCUAAUAAAUCUUACAUUUUGGAUACAUAAAUUAUCAUUUAAAACAGCAAUAACUCAGUAGUAACAAAAUACUGGAAUCUGGCUAUAAUGCCAAUUUAAUUGGCUAGAGUGCCUAAAAUGAUAUUAUAAUAGUGAAGAAGAAUAUAAGGACAAAAGUAAAAAAUGAUACGUAUUAGGUUUAUGCACUAAAGUGUGAUUCAUAUUUAGCUAUUUUAUCCUAUAAUGUAGAAUUCUCUUUCUAUGCACUUUGAAUUGGAUAUAAUUCACACUUUAUUGAAUAACCCUAAAUAUUUGGCAAAAUAUGCUGCAUUCUUUCUGUUUAAAGAUUCCAUUUGCAGAUGGUGUGAACUUAUCUUAAACAAGGUCAGAUGUAUUGCAGAGCAGCUGCGCAUAGUUAUUCCUUUUAAUAAAGCACUGAACAAGACAAUGAACACUAACAUUUGCACAAGUCCUUCUCUGCUGACUGAUAUGUUAUUUGCCCUACUUUAGAAUUAAACUGGCUGAAAGUAACCCUGGGCUGUGUGAGCAGAAUGGGUAUUACACUUUCCUAUGAAAUGAUUUGUUUGGUGAAUGCUGAGCUGUAUCCAACAUUUAUCAGGUAUAUUAUCAAGUUUGCAAGAGAUGGGAAUGUAUUUAUUAAAAUGGUAUAAUUAUUGUGCACCGAAAUAUACCGGGCUACUCACUAAAAUGAGAAUUCACAGUGAAUUCAAAGUGAAUUUCAAACUUAAGGUCAAAAUAGCCAAAUCUUAAAACUUUUUAAAAAUCAGUUAUGUUUCCUGUUUGGCUACUUUGGUCUUAAAUUUGAAAUUCACUUUGAAAUCGCAAUGAAUUCUCACUUUAGUGAAUAACUCUGAUAGGGAAAAAAGCCUGUUGAAAUCAGACAUUCCUAGCACAAGCCUUUUGGCUUCAAACAAUUGUGUUUAACAUUUUACAGUGAUAAGACACCUCCUUUUCAGAAUUCAUUAAAGGGAUACUCUAAGCACCUAAAAACAACUUGGACUUAAAGGAUUACCCCAACCUCCGUGACCAUUUCUGCUUUUUGAAGUAAUCAUGAUUGGGGCAAUAUGUAUGUGCUAUGUUUUAGCUUGAAACGAUGCACAUACAGAGUAUUCCGUCAUUUUGUGUAGGGAUGUGAUUACCCCUCUGGCACACAUGACUCAGUUUCGAAUUGCCUAAUGUUAGUUCUGUACAAAAAAUAUGUCUGUUGUAAGCAGGUAAGUUUCUGCCUUUUGAACAAAAGAAAUCAGUAAGAUGUGAGUUUAAGCCCAAAUCUAUACUAAUAGGAGUGGAGCGCUGUGCAGAGCAUAAAAAUUUAUAUACACUUACCCUAAAAUAGGGUAUAACAUUGGCAUGUACACUCAAUACAUGUAGGGAGACACAGAAUAAAAUAAUAUAGGGUAAAUCCACAAAAGAUGGUAUAAAUACAGGACUUAAUUAUAGGUAUAUCAACUCACUUUCAUGAGAGCCUCUAGGGGACAGGCUCAAAUCACAUCAGCAGUAGUGUCGUUGGCAACACUGGAUCCUUUUGUCGUGGUGUAUAUCCUCAAAGGACGAGAUAAAAGGGAAAAAAAUCUCUAGUGUAUAACGUAUUAAUACAUAUAUAUAUAGCAAAAAGUGAUGAUGGUUGUGCUCACCUUGUUAAGAGUCAAUAAGAUCUGGCUCUGGAUUGCAAGCCUAUGUGUCUAUAAAGGGGACACCUUCCCUUCUUUGCAGCAGGAAGUGGACAAAACCAAUAAAAUAUAUUGAAUUUAUUGGAACUUAUUGGCUCUUAACAAGGUGAGAACAACCAUCAUCACUUUUUGCUAUAUAUAUAUGUAUUAAUACGUUAUACACUAGAGAUUUUUUUCCCUUUUAUCUUGUCCUUUAAGGAUAUACACCACGACAAAAGGUUCCAGUGUCACCAACAACACUACUGCUUAUGUGAUUUGAGCCUGUCCCCUAGAGGCUCUCAUGAAAGUGAGUUGAUAUACCUAUAGUUAAGUCCUGUGUUUAUACCAUCUUUUGUGGAUUACACUAUAUUAUUUUAUUCUGUGUCUCCCUACAUGUAUUAAGUGUACAUGCCAACUUUACACCCUAUUUUACGGUAAGUGUAUAUAAAUUUUUAUGCUCUGCACAGCGCUCCACUCCUUCUAUUAGUAUAGAUUUGGGCUCAAACUCCGAUUUUACUGAUUUAUUUUGUUCACAACAGUAUAUAGUGGGAGUAAGAGGAACCCACUAUAGUGUGUAGCUGCUUCUUUAAAAAAAAACAAAUUUUGCAAGCGCACUAUACACAGUAACCACCUGUUUUGCUUGUACACUUUGAAGUUUCUGCCUUUUAAUUAAUUUAUUAUUAUUUUUUUUAAAUAGGGGGACAGGCAGUAAGAGCAAGUAGUUGUAAAUCCACUGUAGAGCAAAAUUAACAUGGGUUAACAACAACCUUGGGGUAUCCCUUUAAGGAAGCAGUUUUGUACAUCAUGCAGUCUCAGUGCCUAGCUCCCUUUUAGUUCCUGUUUAGGAGUUAAAUCAUUUUGUUUAUACAGCCUUAGCCACGCAUCCCCUGUCUGUUAUUCACACAGCCGCCACAAAAGAAACCCAAAACUACAGCUUAUUGAAUUUGUUCUGGUGAGUAGAAUCAUUACCUUCAGGCUUUUUGAUGUAAACACUGUCUUUUCAGAGAAAAUGCAGUGUUUACAUUACAGCCUAGUGAUAACUUCACUGACCACUCCUCAGAUGGCUGCUAGAGAUCCUUCCUGGGUCAUGGCUGCCUAAAAUGCAUCCAAACAUUCAGUGUCUCCUCCCUCGGCAUGCAGACACUGAACUUUCCUCAUAGAGAUACAUUGAUUCAACUCAUCUCUAUGAGGAGAUGCUGAUUGGCCAGGGCUAUGUUUGAAUCAUUCUGGCUCUGCCCCUGAUCUGCCUCCUUGUCAGUCUCAGCCAAUCCUAUGGGGAAGCAUUGUGAUUGGAUCAGGCUACCACUUCCAGGCAGUGGGCAGGUCUAAAGGAAACAGUGACAAAGCAAGCAGCUCCAGACUUGAAUACAAGUAAGAUUGGCUAUAUUUAGGGAGGCAUGAGGGGGGCUACAUGGUGGUUUUAACCCUAUAGGGUCAGGAAUACAUGUUUGUGUUACUGACCCUAUAGUGCACAUUUAAAUCGAACUUUAAUCACAUACAGGAGAGUUCUGCAGGAUCCAAUAUGUAAACAACAGAAGCCAGAGAUAAGAAUUUCUGAAGAGUAUAACAAAACAGGAGGCUUCAUAUUUGUUUUAUAAAAUAAAGAGUAUUUUAGUGUAAUUAUGUUUAUGAUUGACACACCACCAUUCCUUGCUCCAUAUUUGGAUAAAAUCUAUUUACAUAGUUGGCUGAAAAGAGACAUGCAUCUAUCCACGUCAGCCUUUCUCACAUUUGUUUUUGCUGUUGAUCCAAAGGAAGGCAAACAACACAGUUCAAAGAGCUUCCAAUUUUGCAACAAGGGUGGAAAAAAAUCUUCUUGGAUUAAGAAGCUAUUAUCCCACUAAUUAAAAAUUAUAUCCCUGAAUAUUAUGUUUUUGCAAGUAAUUCAUACAAUUAUUCACACAUCACAUGAAAUAUAUAUACACACUUUACUCCUCACAUCUAACUCACAGGAUGCCGCUUCGAUCUCCAGUGUAUCACUCAUUCUUGUGAUACGUUGAACUAAGGCCCCAAAUUAUUAUUGCCAGUUAAGCUUUCCAAAUGAUAUCAUAUUUUUGGAUAAACUUUUAAAAUUAUUUUUUUCAACAUAUUGAAGUAUAAAAACUAUGUCAUAUAUAAGAAAUAUAUUCAAAUAUCAAACAAUAUCCAAAUAUUGCAAAGUUAAAAUGUUUUUUUAUACCAAAAAUAUUAAAUCAUUUGAAAAUCAUAUCCAAAAAUAUAUAAUGGAGACCUAAAUUGUCCAAAAUACCAGAUGUAGUCUUCAACUUACAUGCCUGGUUCAUGACCACUUCAUAACGAGAAAUGUAAAUGUGUAUGGCCUGGUAAAACAAACAAACAAACUCCUAAACACAUUAAUCCUUACAUCUGUAAUAUUAUAAUUUAGCAUUCCCUUUUUCAGAAAUCUCGGAAUAAUGGUUUGCUCAUCAAUGUGUGAUCUUGGAGGUACCAUUACACCAUUUCUAGUCUACCGGUUGGCAGAUGUCUGGAAAGAAUUACCACUUAUAGUAUUUGGUAAGACAUCAUUUCAUGGGUCUUCUUUUUUUGUUUUCCAUUGAGUAAUAUUCUGCAUCUGCAAAGUUGUAUAACUAUUCCUAUAAUAUCAAAAUUUCUUUUUCACCCUCUUCAUUCUACCCCAUCUCCUUUUCCACUCCUUUUUCUCUCUCUCUCUUUUCCCCCUCUAACUCUUAAUAUUUAUGGAUGCUGACAUUGACAAACUCAGGGAGUCAUUUGUAACAGUUUAAUUGUAGUUGUACCCUUAUCUCUUUGCACUACAAAAACAUUUUGCCCUUCACAUAGGCAAUUGCCUUCACAAGCGUUCUGGAAUACAUUGUAAAAUUUUUGAUAGACUCUUUGUCAUUGCAAUUUUCCUUUUUUUGUUUUGCAAUUUUCCUUAAAAACAUUAAUAAAAAAAAGAUUAAAAAGUAGGUCAAUAUAGAGAAACUGGAAACAAAUAUCUAUAUUUUUCAAUUUGGCUAUUUUGGCCUAGGUUUGGAAUUCUCUCUACAAUCCAUUGAAAAGUGACUAAAUCCAACUGCUCUAGUACAGACCAUUAGUUUUUUUUGUUUUUUUUUAAUGAAUAAUUAUGAAAAGUUACAGCUGAUUUGGUAACCUUAUCCUUGUAACAUGCAGUGGCAGCUGGUAAAGUUUAAAGGGACACCAUAGUCACAAGAACAACUACAGCUUAAUAGCUUAACCCCUUAGUGGCCAGACCGCUUUUCAAUUUUCUUAUUAUUUGGGACCAUGGCUGUUUUACAUUUUUGUGGUGUUUGUGUUUAGCUGUAAUUUUCCUCUUACUCAUUUACUGUACCCACACAUAUUAUAUACUGUUUUUCUCGUCAUUAAAUGGUCUUUCUAAGAUACCAUUAUUUUCAUCAUAUCAUAUAAUUUACUAUAAUUUUUUUAUAAAAUAUAAUGAAAAAAAACCAAAACACACUUUUUCUAACUUUGACACCCAAAAUCUGGUACGUAUCUACGACCGUCUAAAAACACCCGUGCUAGUUUCUAAAUGUUGUCCUGAAUUUAGAAAUACCCAAUGUUAAUAUGUUCUUAGCUUUAUUUUGCAAGUUUUAGAGCUAUAAGUACAAGUAGGACAUGUUUAAAAAUAUAUAUUCUUAAAAUGUAUCAAUGGUGACAUUGUAACAUUGUUAUCUGUCACAGAGAAAGUACCGUUUGUGUGUGAAAAAUGCAAAAAAACAUAAUUUUCACUGACAAUAUCAUUGCUGUGAUAUUUGAAACACUAAUAUUUGUGUUCAGCGAAGUCUACUGAGUAAAUAUUGCUCUCAAAUAUUGUUCACAAAUCUGUCUAAAUCUGUGUUAGUGAGCACUUCUCCUUUGCCGAGAUAAUCCAUCCACCUCACAGGUGUGGCAUAUCAAGAUGCUGAUUAGACAGCAUGAUUAUUGCAAAGUUGUGCCACUAUAAAAGGCCACUCCAAAAUGUGCAGUUUUACUGUAUUGGGGGGUCCGGGAGUGUCAGUGGGGGUGGGGGGGUCCGAAAACAAGUCAGUAUCUGGUGUGACCACCAUUUGCCUCAUGCAGUGCAACACAUCUCCUUUCCCAUAGAGUUGAUCAGGUUGUUGAUUGUGGCCUGUGGAAUGUUGGUCCACUCCUCUUCAAUGGCUGUGCAAAGUUGCUGGAUAUUGGCAGGACCUGGAACAUGCUGUCGUAUACGCCGAUCCAGAGCAUCCCAAACAUGCUCAAUGGGUGACAUGUCCGCUGAGUAUGCUGGCCAUGGAAGAACUGGGAUAUUUUCAGCUUCCAGGAAUUGUGUGCAGAUCCUUGCAACAUGGGGCCGUGCAUUAUCAUACUGCAACAUUAGGUGAUGGUCGUGUAUGAAUGGCACAAGAAUGGGCCUCAGGAUCUCGUCACGGUAUCUCUGUGCAUUCAAAAUGCCAUCUAUAAAAUGCACCUGUGUUCGUUGUCCGUAACAUUGAGUGGCCCCACUAUUGGCCACUCAAUCCACAAUGUUGACAUCAGCAAACCGCUCACACACACGAUGCCAUACACGCUGCCAACUGCUCACCCACACAAUGCCAUACACGCCAUACAUCUGCCCUGUACUGUAUAAUCCUGGGAUUCAUCCCUGAAGAGAACACCUCUCCAAAGUGCCUGAAGCUAUCGGAUGUGAGCAUUUGCCCACUCAAGUCGGUUACAAUGACAAACUGCAGUCAAGUCGAGACCCCGAUGAGGAUGACGAGCAUGCAGAUGAGCUUCCCUGAGACGGUUACUGAUAGUUUGUGCAGAAAUUCUUUGGUUAUGCAAACCGAAUGUUACAGCAGCUGUCCGGGUGGGUGGUCUCAGACGAUCUUGGAGGUGAAGAUGCUGGAUGUGGAGGUCCUGGGCUGGUGUGGUUACACAUGGUCUGCGGUUGUGAGGCCGGUUGGAUGUACUGCCAAAUUCUCUGAAAUGCCUUUGGAGAUGGCUUAUGGUAGAGAAAUAAACGUUCAAUUCACAGGCAACAGCUCUGGUGGACAUUCCUGCAGUCAGCAUGCCAACUGCACGCUCCCUCAAAACUUGCGACAUCUGUGGCAUUGUGCUGUGUGAUAAAACUGCACAUUUUAGAGUGGCCUUUUAUUGUGGCCAGCCUAAGGCACACCUGUGCAAUAAUCAUGCUGUCUAAUCAGCAUCUUGAUAUGCCACACCUGUGAGGUGGAUGGAUUAUCUCGGCAAAGAAGUGCUCACUAACACAGAUUUAGACAGAUUUGUGAACUAUAUUUGAGAGAAAUAGGCCUUUGGGUACAUAGAAAAAGUCUUAAAUGGGGGCAAAAACAAAAGUUUAGCAUUUAUAAUUUUGUUCAGUGUGUGUGUGUAUAUAUAUAUAUAUAUAUAUAUAUAUAUAAAUAUAAAUAUAUAUAAACUAACUCUAACUGCAAGGUUUCUAAAAUCACAUGUUUCAAUAAAAUAUUGUCGAUGGCCUUUCUCAGAAUCCCUGCAAACACUUGGUCCAUUCUAUGAGCUAUACAUUCCAUAGCCUGACAAACCUAAAAACAAACCUAAAAACACUAUUCGUUUCGGGCGUGUGAUUACCUCUUGACCCCCUGCUCACAGCACCAGCAGUAAUUACAACCCUGAAAUUUCUUACUUGUGUCUGUGAUAUCCAACUGGUUUCCUUGGACAGCCGGAAACAUUAAUAUAAUUUUCUUUUAUGUUCUGUCAAUUUAGCUGUACUUGGGACACUAUCUGGAAUUCUAGUGCUCUUGCUUCCUGAAACAAAAGGAUUGUCCCUUCCAGAAACAAUUGAAGAAGCAGAAGGAAUGCAUAAGUAAGUUGGAAUUGUUAUCCUUGUAUGAAUGACGUGUCACAGCAACAUGCCCACCAUGCCACGGCUUAUGGAGUUUUUCACUCCUCAUUGAGAUAUGGAUGGAGCUCCACUGUAUGAACUUCUCACCAUGUGCUUCAUCCAUUGUUCUCACCAUGUGCCUCUGAUACAUGAAAUGGUGGCCACCCAGUAACUCUACAGUAUGUACCCAGAUAGUUCUUAAAGGGCCAGCAGCAGCAUAAUAAAAAUACAAUAUGCCCAAAUACUGUAUUUAAAGGGCCAAAUCUCCCAGGGCCAUAGUCAGCAGGCAGGAGGCGGGCAAAAAGGCUUCUCCAAUGCCCAGUGGUGAGGUUGGUUUCGCCACAGGGCCAUCUAAGGAGUGGCCAGUGAAAUUAUCACUAGGCUGUAAUGUAAACACUGCAUUUUCUCUGAAAACACAGUGUUUACAGCUAGUGAUGUCGCGAACCGUUCGCGAACUUGCCGCGAACGGUUCGUGGCGAACUCCGGUCAGCUGACACAUCCCUGCCAAUCUCCGGCAGACCCUCCCUCCCAGACCCUCCUACUUCCUGGACAGCAUCCGUGUUCGCGGACGGUUCGCGACAUCACUAUUUACAGCAAAAAGCCUGAAGGUAAUGAUUCUACUCACCAGAACAAAUUCAAUAAGCCGCAGUUGUUCUGGGGACUACAGUGUCCCUUUAAACUGCAAAAAAUCAUCCAGUUGAACUAUUUACCCAUUGAAGCCUCAAUUUAAAACUGUUAGAUAAGCUUUUCUUUUUCAAAUUAUUCAAUAUUUUUGGAUAAGCUUUGAAAAUGAUUUUCUUCAAAAUAUUAGAAUAUAAAAAAAGUGAUAUUUAAAUAAAUAUGUCAGUAUAUCAAAAAAUAUCUAAAUAUUUGAAAAGCGUAGUAUAUAUUGAGCAUAAUUUCUGUCAUAUUUGUUUCUGUCAAAAUAAAUGCAUACAUUUACAAAAAGUCUUACUGUAAUACAUCUUCUGCAGAAAGCACGACGACUUUACCCUGGUAGCUUACUAAAUGAAUAAAAUAGCUUUUAAAUAGUCCAAGCUAAAUGGCUGGCAAAAGUAUAGAUGGGCAUUUAUCACACUAUACCAGUGGUUCCCAAACUUUUUAGUGCCCUUAAUAUUUCAAUAUUUUUUCCAAGGUACCCCAAGUCAAAACAAUUUUCUAGGUUGUAUACAUGUACAGUGCUGUGGCAUGUACUAGGCCCCUAAUCUUGGGAGUGGCACUGGUAGAUUAUUUAAAGAAACAAUCCAGGCACAAUAACCACUACAUUAUGUUGUAGUGGUUAUGGUGCCAGUAGUGCCAUAGUACCCUCCCAGGGAAAGUAGUCAAACUGUUUAAAAACAGUUUGACAACUUACCUGGGGUCUUCUGGGAUAGGGGCUGUAGUGUGUGUGUGUGUGUGUGUGUGUGUGUUGUGCAAUAUGUCUGUGUGUGAGGGGUGCAGUGUGUGUACAGGGGUGCAGUGUGUGUAUACAUGGGUGCAUUGCAUUUGUGAAGGAUGUAGUUUGUGUGUGUGUGGUGCAGUGUGUGUGUGUACCUGAGUGGGGGCCACGAUCAUGUUAGACAUGUCAUCCCCUCACAGUUGACACCACUUGUGACUUAUAAUACCCGCACCUGUGAGUACAUAGCUCGGGUAUAGGGAGGAAUUGGGAAACACUUCUUACAUAUUAAUUCAUGAGAUAAAUUAUAAUCUAGCUUGAAAUUCUAACAAUAAUCACAACCAGGACCUUGCGUCCUAUAUCUUUUAACCAUUUCCCUAUUCCAAAGGUCCAGUCAAAACCAGUCAUAUCCUCACACAGUUCCUCAAAACAUGGGAAUCCAUCCUUGGCACACUCAACAUAUAUCAAAAACACACAUAGUACAUCCAUCCCUGGGUCAGCUAACACUUCCUCUCUCUCCGGCUAACUCUACAAAAAUAAAAAUAGUUCAAUAGUUCAGCAUAGUUCAGAAAAAUAGAAUAAGUCUUUCACAGAGUAUAAAGAAAUCAGUUUAGACACCAGACAUUUUGUUCCAUAAAAUGGCUAAGGGUAGCAAUAUGGCUGACAACAAGACAAUGUCAGCUUCCACAUAGUUCUUCUUUUGUUUGCUGGAUUUUCACCACAAUGCUCUGUGCAACACCCCAAUGGUUGAAAGGGUUAUUACAGAACCAGCGGUAUUAGACAGCACUGCACCUUCAGGACUUUCCAGGUUCUUGCGUGCAAAGUUUAUGUCCUCAUAAGUAUCUCAGUUUCUUCGGCCUGCAUGGAUAAUGACCAAACAGAUGUAAUUGCAAAAUACUUAUUGUAUGGUUAGCCAGAGAGAUUGGUGUGUAGUCCAAGAAAUCAGGCGGCACAAACACUCCAGGAUGGUCUCUACAAUCAUACAAACACAAGGAUCAAUACAACAUCAAUUAAUUAAUUACCUAGGCUAAAACUUAAAUUAGAGAUUAAGGUUAAACCCUUAAUUUGUGUAACAUGUACUUCUCUUAUAUCUGCUUAUAUUUUAUGCAAUCUGUCUUCUAUGAAGUUUUACAUAAUACUCCUUUGGAAUGCCUUUGUACGGAUAUGAGAAGCACUCACUCUAUAGAGUUAGGAUGAAUAUUAAAACACCAACAUAUACAUAUGGGGAUAAUUUCCAAUAAAACUCUGUUCCUAAACUUGAACCUUGAUUUGAUACUCAAAAUGAAUUACUUUAAUACUCCCGAAUAUUUCAAUACUCUUGGAUUAACACCUAAAACUAUAUAAAAUAUUAAAAACAUGAACCAUCUGUGUAUUAGGCUGGGGUUGUUGGGUGUGGGUAUAGGUUGGAAGCUGUGGUUGAUAUUGAGGAAUCUGUGGGGGUGGGUUUGGGCACUCAUUUUUUUUCAGUGACCCUGCUAUCCACAAUUAGAAUAGUGUGUUCCACCAAUGCUGAAGUUGCCACCUCUACAAAAGUUAGAACCUUUGACCAAAUUCUCUACCUCUGCCUUUAAAACUUUUUUGAUUCAAUCUCCUAUCACCUCCCAAACUUCUUUGUCUCACCUGCUUAGGAUCACAAUCCUUGUGACUGAUACAACAUCCCUUUUCCUUCUUUCUUUCUAUCAAAACAACCUGCUGUAUCCCUCUCAUGAAUCUUCCCAAGAAAUUUAUUUGGGGUCAAAAAGGGCCAGUCACAGACCAACAAGGAACAAAAGUGAACAAGAAGGAAGCAUAUUUCAUAUGCAGGUCGGGAUUACCUAACUCACACCCCCUCUUUGUGUACCCCUCUUUGUGUACCACACAGAUAUAAUAUUAAUAAGCUUUUAAAGGUUUAAUGUAUAAUUACAUUGUGUAUAUAAAGCAAGGUUGUCUAGGGGUAUAUACAUUGACAAUGAAAGCAUAGCCUUCAUAUAGGGCUUGCAAUACUGACAGUCUGUGUCAUGAGCAUAAUGCAGACAUGCGGUUAGGUACUUUUCCAUUGUUAUAAUAUAUUGAAAACACUAAGACUUUGCAAAUAUUAAAUCGCAUAUUGCUUCCUGUACCUGGUGCCGUGCAAGGAUGUAGUUGGGACAUAUUUCAAAUUGAGUAUCAAAAGUCUAACCACAAAACUAAAUGUUAUACGCUUAUCAAGAAAACAAGUUAAACUCGUUAGUGCAUACUUUGGCUAGCCUCUUUGCAUAAUUUGGCUCCUAGUGAGAUUAUUAUAUAAUUUAUUAAUCCUUUUCUGGAUCUGCAAAAUGCUUUCAAUUUACCCAUACAAAUAUAAUACGGUAGUUUAGUAGAUUAGGAUUACCUCACUUGUAAAUUUCAGAAAUUGUCUAAUCUCUAUUAAAAUUACCAUUUUAUUAUUACCCCAUAAUCAAUGAGGCAUACUAGAUGAAUCUUACUUUGACACAAACAAUGCAAUAUACUUUAAAAGUAGAGUUAACUCUGAGCUGGACAAUACUCCCCUAUUAGAACUCCCUUAUGAGGGAGCAACAUCUUGUCCGUUCAAUCCUUUUUAUCAGUAAAAGAAUGACUUUCAGGAUUAAUCAAUUUACAAAUGGAAACGUGGAUCCACGAUUUGAACAGCAGAAGUUUGCAGGGCCCCUUUCACGUGGGAUGUAACAAGUGCUUUUCUUGCUCCAGGAGCGAUAGCAUACAAUUGUUUCAUUCUAGCCGGCUGGACAGCAUUUCACCUUUUGUAAAAACACUAAAUGCUUGCGUUAAUGAUAUGCAAAUCACUCUGCUAGUUAAACUCCUACAUAAUGGACAAUAAAAUACAUAAAACACAUAACACACCAAUUCAUUUCAAACCAUAUAACUCAUACUCAGCAUCCAAUGUAAUAUUACACGUCAUCUCACAAAACAGACAUCUCACAAAACAAACGUAGUAGAAACACAUAAUGGAUACCCAGCAGAUAUGCCAAUACGGAAAACACAUUCAUGGGCAGGCAACUACACACUCUGUGUCCCUCCUAGGAAACACGGGUAGACACAAUAUGAAAGCAGUCUUAAACUAACACCUCCAAAUCUCCAUUCCCAUAUAGCUAUAUCAGACCACAACACAGAGCCUCUCUGAGCUGAUAGAACUACUCCAACUCCAACUACUCUUGGCCAAAACGCUAGUAUUCAACAGCUAAUAAAACAGUUAUUUGAUAGGUUAUUUGGCUGGCAUUUUUAUCAGUAUCACUAGACUAUGACAAACUGAUUCAAAUAUAAUUUAAAACAACACAGCAACAUAUAAAUUAAACCACUCUCCAGUUAAGCUGCACACUUCACACAUUAUCACAAUCACCAUUUACACAGAAUAAACAGUUAACAGCUAUACUCAGAACAUAUUACUGUAAGGUAUAACAAUUUUAGUUUGUACUAGAUUUAUUUUAGGGAUUCUUAUGUAUACAUGUUUUUCUUAAUUAACUUCAUUACUUUAAUCUACUAUAGUAUUGUAUAUAAAGAAAGGAUCCAUUUAUAUAGUGCGCUCAUAACUCAAAUAUUUGUAUGAAACUUCCAUUAACUAAUCUGAGAUGAUGCUGCAUCAAUUUAACUCUUAUAGAAAUUGAGCAAACAUCUGGACCAGAUUACACAGAAAUGGUUUCACCCGAAUCUUUCAGAACUCUCAGAGACUUAAAAAUGUAUAGUAUACCAUGUUAAAAGGCAUGGCAAACCUUAGACCGGUCACUCUCCAAGAGCCUUAGUAACACAGGUAGGAACCCUUGUCCAUGAUCUCUGAUCCAGAUUACAUACCACAAUUUAAAAGAACACACAUAAUGUGAGACAUAGAAGACAAAAGAUAUGCAGUAGAUGUUGCACUGGAUCAUUUAAAGCACCUGUAGCAAUAAAAAGGUUAGCUUACAGCACAAAAUGAAGCAUGUGUUGGACCGCUGGAAAUGUAAAUGUUGCUCUCUUAUUUACAAACAAAAAUCAUAUUUACAGUAUGGAUCCUUUGCAACAAACACACAUGGCAGGCAAGGUGUGCUGAAUGGUUCUAUACACUUAAUCCCAUAUGGGGAAUUAACUUUCAAAUACUAAUGAAGUGACGUUUUGUCUCAGUAUAAAAAUACUGAGCUCAUCAUGCAAACAAUGUAACACAUUUACACUAUCCCACUCUCAUAAAAAGUGUAGUGGGCUUAUGGUAUUAACCCCUUCAGGACGGAGUCAAUAGUGUACGUUCUGAUCAAAACAAAACGUAAACAAAAACUGGAAUUUGCGCUAUAUGUCUGUUCAACCGUAAUUCACCGCUGUCACAUUAAGUGCACCCACACUUAUUAUAUAUCAUUUUGUUCAGGAGAAACAGGGCUUUAAUUUAUCAUGAACUAUUCAUAUAUGGAACAUAAUUUAGUAUGAAUAAAAUUUAAAAAAAUGUGAGAAAAUAAGAAUGUGAAUGUCAUAAUACUGUACGGUUUUACUGCAAACAAAUGCACAUAUUUGUAAUCAGCGAUGGCUCACGAGUACCCCCCAUUAACAGGUUUUAUGGUGUUUUGGAGAGUUACAGGGUCAAAUAUAGAACAUUCCAUUUUCACAUUGAAAUUUGCCAGAUUAGUAAUGUUACCUUUGAGACGGUGUGGUAGCCCAGGAAUGAGAAUUACCCCCAUAAUGGCAUACCUUUUGAAAAAGUAGACAACCAAAGGUAUUGAAAGUGGGGUAUGUUUAGUCUUUUUUAGUAGCCACAAACACUGGCCAAAGUUAGCUUUUAUAUUUGUUUUUGUGUGAAAAAAGCAAAAAACUAAUGUUUGGCCAGUGUUUGUGACUAAGUGGCUACUAAGAAAGACUGGACAUACCCCAUUUGCAAUACCUUGGGUUGUCUACUUUUGCAAAUGGUAUGCCAUCAUGGGGGUAAUUCUCAUUCCUGGGCUACCAUACGCACUCAAAGGCAACAUAACCAAUCUGGCAAAUUUCAAUGUAAAAAAAAUGAAAUGCAAGCCUGAUAUGUGACUCUCUAACUUUCCAAAACACCAUAAAAUCUGUACAUGGGAGGUACUGUUAUUCUCGGGAUACUUCACUAAACACAAAUAUUAGUGUUUUAAAACGGUAAAACAUAUUACAACAAUAAUAUAGUCCAUAAAAGUGCAGUUGGUUUGUAAAAAAUGCAAAAAACUUAACUUUUACUUAAAAUAUCAUCAUUGUAAUACAAUUUACCAGUUUGAAACACUAAUAUUUGAGCGAAGUCGCCCGAGUAAAACAGUACCCCCUAUGUACAUGUUUUAUGGUGUCUUGGAGAGUUACAGGGUCAAAUAUAGUGCUUGCGAAUUAAAUUCUGUGCACUUUCUCCCUGUGUUGUCCGGCAUGUCAAUCAAAUUUUAAUUAAUCAAAUUACAUAAUUAUGUUAAAAGAUUACUUAAAUAUACACAUAGAAUUAUAAUAUAUAUGCAUUUAUAGGUAUUUAAAAUUUUCCGUGUAUACUAAUGUAAGCUUUUAUGUAAUUAUAUGUAUUUAUCUAUAUAUAUAUUUAUAUAUAUAUAUUUGCGGUUAUUUGUAUUUUAUAUAUAAAUAGAUAUAUAUAAAUUGUCAUUCUAAGUGUAUUUUGUUACCAAUAUAUAUAUAUAUUAAUAACAAAAUGCAGUUAGAAUGAAAUUACAUAUGAAUAUAUAAUUUAUAUUAAAUUUUGUUUCAAUAUUUUGUUUAUUUUAUUAUUUUAUUUAUUAUUGUAAUUAUACGUAUAUAUAUAUAUAUAUAUAAUAUAUGUGUAUAUAUAUAUUAUAUAUAUAUAUUAUAUAUACAUAUUAUAUAUAUAUAUAUAUGUAACGUCAUUCUAAGUGUAUUUUAAUACUAAUAUAUGUACUUAUAUUAAUAUUAAAAUACACUUUGUAUGACGUUACAUAUAUAUAAUAUGUAUAUAUUAUAUAUAUAAUAGAUAUACAAUUUUACACAUGUUUAAUUCUUUUUUUUUUUUUUUUCACCAGCAGGGGGACUGUCUGACAUUUUAGACAGUCCCCCUGCUGGCAGAGCCACAGCCAGCUAUAGGGGGCCAUGUGAUCGCUUUUUGAGAGCGAUCACAUGGCCCCCUGGGGCCUCAUUUGCCAGGGGAGGGCUGCCUGGGCUGUCAGACAGCCCUCCAGAAGAGGAUCACGGCAGAGGUAAGUAAAUCUCACCUCCUGGAAUAGAAAGCCCUUUUAAUGCAGGACGGCAUAGAACACCGUAACGGCGUUAAGGGGGUAAAGUAACAAUCAUACCAGGCACACAGAUCCCAUGUGAAAUAACUUACAAUAAAACAGAGUAAUAAACUUAUACUUCUAUGCGACAGAAAGAAUAAAGCAAACGAUUUAAGUAGGUCUAUCAGGCACAACCUGCGAGUCAGUUCUUUUCUAAUAUACAGUACUGCUAUCUUUUAUAUAUAUAUAUGCAUAUAUAUAUGUAUAUAUAUUGGUCACUCAGUAAUUCAAGUAAUCCGAAUGAACAAAUGGCUAAUUCGUUUGGUGCACAUUCAUUAGUUCGGCUCACUCCCAUCAAAUAUGAUUAUUUGGGGCCCCCAACUGCCGACAAUGGGUGGGGAGUGAGCAGGAAGAAUAAAGGCUCCCCGAAAGAAUUACCCAUUCAAGCAUUUGGAUGAAGCUUUCAGCCUUUUGAAUUACAGACAGUGUAAUACAAAAGGUCAAAUGUGAAUUAUGAAUGAACGAACAAACAAAUGGCACAUGGAAGAACUUUGUUCGGCACCCAUUCAUUUGCUCGUUAGGCUCACCAUUCGUUAUUAGGUAUUCGGACAAAUGGACAAAAAUUCUGAUUUUCGCCCGAAAAUAAAUUCGUCCGAAUAUGAAUGCCCAAGUCUAGUUUGGGCUCAAGAUUGGGACCUCUUGCCAUUUGAGUGGGUCAAAGUGGUUCAAACUGGUGCAUCACAUUUAUCACGGCACAAUAUAACAAAACUGUCUUUCCCAGUAUAGUGGAGAUCCAAGUGGUACUGGGAACAAUUUAAUGCAGAAUUAUUCUUACAUAUACAAUAGAACUGUUGAAGAAUUAAUCAUUAGGCCAGCUUUAAAAUUCCAUGAAUAGUCACUCUAAGGAUGUGUAUGUAAUCUGGUGUUCUUGAGCUGUGUCUGACAAGUGCUAUGUGAUAUUCACAAAAGUAUAAAUGCCUUCAUUCUAGAUUAGCAAAAAUGAUCUGGUACUAAUUCUGUACCAACACAUGCCAAAACCCAGAAAUGAGUGGAUGUGAAUGCAGUGGUGUAUCCAGGUUUUGUGCUGCCCUAGGCGGGACAAAACUCAGGCACCCCUCUCCCCCUGUGCCACCCCCACCCAACCCUUCCCCCCUGCCCCACCUUCUAAAUACACACACACACACACACAGUCAGACACACACACAGUCAGACACACACACAGUCAGACACAAACACACACACACACACACACACAGUCAAACACACACACACACACAGUCAGACACACACACAGUCAGACAUACACACACAGUCAGACACACACACAGUCAGACACACACACACAGACACACACACACACAGUCAGACACACACACACACAGUCAGACACACACACACAGUCAGACACACACACACACAGUCAGACACACAGUCAGACACACACACACAGUCACACACACACACACACACGCACAGACACACACACAGUCAGACACACACAGUCAGACACACACACACAGACACACACACAGUCAGACACACACACAGUCAGACACACACACACAGUCAGACACAAACACACACACACACACACACACACAGUCAGACACACACACACACACAGUCACACACACACAGUCAGACACAACACACACAGACACACACACAGUCAGACACACACAGUCAGACAGACACACACAGUCAGACACAGACACACACACACACAGUCAGACACACACACACACACACAGUCAGACACACACACACACACACACAGUCAGACACAAACACACACACACACACACACAAACAGUCAGACAAACACACACACAAUCACUAACAUUAACACCUUUUUUUAUUUUUUUAUUUAACCCCUCCCCGAGCCUCCUUACCUUUGGGAGUGCUGGGGCGGUUCCUCUUUCUCCCUGGUGGUCCAGUGGCUGCCGGUCGGGCUGUUGGGCUGGCUACUGGGCGGGCAGCUGGCGAGGGAGCACUUCCUCUGAGCUGACUGCUCAGCUCCCUUGCGCGCCGCAAAGUGAGGCUUGGAGCCAGGAAUAUGACGUCAUCAACCCGGCUCCCAGCCUCACUCUGCGGCGCGCGUGGAAGCUGAGCAGACUGCUCAGAGGAAGAGCUCCCUCGCCAGCUGCCCGCCCGACCACCAGCCAGCGUUUUUUGCCGCUCCCUGAAAAAUGCCACCCAAGGCAAAUGCCUUGUUUGCCUCGCAGCUAAUACCUCCCUGUGUGAAUGUCCAAAGGGUCUCAGCUUGUAUGGAUACUUCCCAUUAUUUAUUAUGGGAUGUCGGGAACAUCAUUGUGGGGAGAGGUUGCUGUGUACACACUCAUCGAUACAUUUCCAAAUUCCACAUUAUGUGAGAGAGAAUGAAGAAUAUAUGCAAUGUAUUCACUCACAUUGUUAAAUAAUUAUUUAUAGUCUACUAGGAUUAUGUUGAUAUAUUUUAUAUUUAUCUAUGUUUUUAGACAAGCAAAAGCUUACAAGAAACCCGUAACAUACUUAGAAGUUUGCACAACGCAUCAGGACUAAAGAAAUUGAUUAUCGGAUUAAUUAACAAAUUAUAAUGCUGAAAGUGGUAUGUUAAAAUGAAUGUUAAAUCAAUAAAUUUGCUAACAUUGUUGCCUUGUGUCUGAGUUUAUUUUCUAAAUGAUACUACACCAAAAUUAAAUGCAUCAUAAUAAAUUAUCCUUUGCCAUUUUAUUGACUACAAACAUGCUGUGCCUGAAUUAC